AUGUCUGAAUUCAUUGCAAUGUCAGAAAGGUAGGAGAUUUGAGCCCAUACUAAUCUUUCACCAAAACUAUUUUUAUAAAUGUAUUACGAGUCAAGCUUUAAUACCAGUGAAUAGUGGCAUUUCAAUGUUGUUCUAAAUAUUAUCUACUUAAGAUAUACUGUGAAUAUUACUUUGACUCAAAGUCUCCACGAAAUGUGUUUGUGGGAAAGAGGUAAAACAUCGUUCUUGAUAUUACAAGUGCAUCGCUAAAGCUCUUGCUACUAUGGUGGUUUGUCAUGAACUUAGAUAGUAAGUUCGAAUUACUCAAUGAAGUUAAAAUUACCCUCAGUUAAAGUUGUAUCAAGGUCAUUUCGCACGAGCUAGUUGUGAUCUUCGUAGUCAUGUCAGGUAGUUAAAUUUGCUUCUUUUCGGGUACCUCGACCGAAUAUUUUGUUGCUAAAAUUGAUCCGGAAUGCAAAGUGGAACAGCGGUUGCACAGCAAUAUCAGCUUGUCUUUCGAAAGACUUAAAGUAACCUGUUAGUGACUCUGACCAAGUUAAAAAUUUACUUGAAUUUAGCGGCUUCUGUUUCCUUCGAGUGAGCAGGCUUAUUCAACAAUUUUACUGAUCGUAAGUUUGCUGAAAAAUGUGUUGUUAUUAUUUUUUUUUUCAGAGGGCACGGUAAUGAAUCCUGCAAUCUGAUUGGUUCUUUACCCGGUCUGUAUUUUCCUAUCUCUGUCCACGGGCAACGGUAACGCUUUCGUGAGUCGCCGAGUACAUCCCUUCAUUCGUUGCUAUUUUUCAUAAAUACAUCUCGUUUUACCGGCUGGGCAAUAUUUUUUAGCAAAGAAGUCGGUCACUACCUCAAGCCGAUAAAUAACUUAUUAAUCCUCUCUUCUCUCUCUCUCUCUCUCUCUCUCUCUCUCUCUCUCUCUCUCUCUCUCUCUCUCUCUCUCUCUCUCUCAAGUCACUUUGGUCGACUGAGAAAUUUUCGUUUCAGAGUGAAUUUUUUGUAUAAACAAUAAUGUCAUUACGUCGGUUGACAGGCGGCCUAAAAACCGUCUGCAAUUAAUUUUAAUCGUUCACAAAAAGGACCUAGAGAGUUAAAACGUAAGAUAUUUGGCUACAGUUGAACUAAUCGAUGGAACUUUCAUUCAUUUUAACAUCUGAAUUUUCUCAAACAAUUUGGUCGUAGUGAAAAGGCGAGCGAAGAUUUAAUUUCAGUUCUGCAACAAAUAUACGCUCUCGGUGAGUCUUUUCAAGUCCGUCCAAUUUGGACAUUUGUAUCGUAAAUUGCACACCAGAAACUUAAAGAAUUAAAUGAGAAAAGGUCGCAUGAAAUCCCCUUGUGUCUCGUUGGAGUAUAUCAUCCGAAUUUAGUUUCUGCGGAGGAAAGACCAGAUUUUCACACGCCAUUGCGGCAAACAAACGAGCAAUUCUCACAACUUCAGAACAAAAAAUUUGAAUUUACUUACAAUUACUUUCCUCGCCGAUUACUUAAUGAAAAAAGGUAAAUCUUCGUACAUAGAUUAAUCGUCGAUGAGAGUAAAUAAUACUUUCCGUAAGAUCAUUGACUAUUUUGAAGAAAAAGUUGUGGUGAUAGUCCUUGCCAAUCUAGUUUCGUUGUUUUUUAAAAAUUUACACGCGCUUUUUUCUUUUCUUACGCGCUCUCUAAAUGAGAGGUGUCAGAUUGUGACAGAUAUUUGUAUAAUAACGUUUCAAAGUUUAUUUGGAAGCCUUUUAAAUCACAUUAAUCAUUACGCAAAUGAAAAUGUUCCCUUUAAUUUGCGUCACCUCUAUUUUAACUACCAUUUACCGGCUCAAAAGCUGUCAGUUUAUGGAAGAUCUUGCCGUAUUUAUAGCCCUAAAUCAUUCAGGUUCUUUCGGAAUGAAUUUCGUCAAGUUUAAAAGAAAUAAAUAUGUUAUUUACCGGCUAAGGGUCGGUCCGUAUGGUGAAAAACUGUGACCUCGGCCUUGACCUCAGCAUUUUCAAGACCUCGGUCACAGUUUUUCACCAUACGGACCUCCCAGCCGGCAAAUAAAUAUAUAUGUAUUCUUAUUAAUCAGAUCAGGGUUAUCAUCUUGUAUCAUCAUUUUGUGGCAUGCUCUUGCGGCAGGCCCUUUGCUAUGAUUUCUCUAGAAAAUUUAAACAGUAAGCAAAAGGUUUUCACUCGAGUUCCUUGUUGCAAAUUGAACGAAAUACGACAAAAAUUGCAUAACAUUGCUCAUUGCUUGGUCAGGAUUAAAGCCAACCUUAGACAAACCGCGCUGCUGACCGUCAAGUUUUGAUAGACAUCUUGACCUGACAUUUCUUCAGACACGGACAACAAUACAAAGAGAAAUUACCGCACAGAAAAUAUAACUCGGCCUCCUUUUGAAUUCUCACCGCGCCAGGCUACGUCUGGUUAUCGUCUUGUAUCAAGCCACCGUUAUACUUUUGAACCUAAACAUUCGCGUUUAAGAGCGCUUGUCUGUAAAAAUCAGACAAAUUCUAAAUUUCACGGCAAGGGUGAAAAAAUCGAUUUCUUUCUUAUUUUAAUAUUAGAUAGGCUAGACUAUAACUAAAACCACUAGAUACUUUUUUUGGCAAAAUAUCUUUUUAUUUCAGAGAAAAAUGCAAAUAACAAAAUUCCGUUAAAAUCGUCAUUUUUAGCACAGGCGGCCCAAGCUCACGUCUCGAGAAAAAGCCAACUAUGAAUUCAUGAACGUGUCACGCGUUGUGUGACUCGGUGUUAAGUUACGGGAGGAACCGUUGAACCUUUUGCAGUUUUAUUUUCAUUGAACCUUCCAAAAGGUACUAUUGUAAGUUAAAUAAAGCAAAUGUAUCCCGAAUAAAUGCGAUGAAACAAAAAAUUCGCACUUCAUUGAACACGGAAACAAUAGAAGGAAAUUUAAUUAUGGCUUUCAUUGUAUGUUGUGGGAAUUUGCAAGUCUCAGCUGGAGCAUUUUUCUGAUAUUUCAUCAUCAAUUUUAACUUAGAGAGAAAAGUACUGAGUUAAAAAAGAAAAAACUAGAAAAUGCGUGGUGAAAAGGAUCUAAAAUACAAUCGACUAUUUUUAAGUUUUGCUCAUGAUAGCUUUAGUGACGCAACACGACAGUUGACAAGAUUAACAAAUCCAAUUCAAAGUAGGCAGCAUUUUAGCAUUUCCUUUUCCUUAGAAGUUUAUUGCAAGUUACACACAUUCUGAUAUUUGACAUUUCCGUUCGGUCAUCAUUGACACAUCUCACGAGCUAGUAAUGGGUAAUUUACUUGUACACAGUACAAGUUGCCUGUGUAUUUAAAAGUACGUGAGUUUAGCUCACUUGUAUUUUCUAUCCUUUCUAUUUGCCUUCUUAGAAUGUACAGAAUGCGAUGUCCAUCGUCCAAUUGGCUUUUCCUGGUUUUUGCGUUGCUUCUAUCCAUUGGUAAGACACUUCUACGGAAGCUUCUUUAAAUGCACCUCGUAUUUUAUUGAAAAAGCAACGAUACUUUAUGCCCUGCAUUCAACGCCUUUACUUUGCUUUCAGUGUAGAGUGUGCUUUUUUGUAAAAUGGUUGAUUUACUUGAUUUUGUCUACUCAUCUUUCUUACUUAGACGCUAUCCUAGCAAGGAAAUCUGAACAAGUAAGUCAUAUUUUUCCUCGGAAAAAUGUUUCAAUGGUAGUUGAAUUUCAAUGUUCAUACCUUGGUUGGAAAAAAAGAUUUCCAAACUACUUGUCCAAAUUUGCGAGGGGUUCGUAUUUUUCAAUGAUUACUUGAUGUUGCUUAUGUUUUGUAUGUAAGAUAUGAUGCGUUACGGAAAUUGAUUUCAUUUUGGUUGUGCGAUGAAGAUAUGAUAGUGAUGAGUGACUGAGACUGUCACAAAUAUAGUGCAACUCAAUUCCAUUGAAAUUAAAAAAAUUUUGCAAGACAUCAAUUUAUUCGAGUUGCACAAAGGGGGAGCAUCUUAUGAUUGAUUUGAAGCGUUUGUGUAUUUAUCUUCCUUGAUUCUUUCCUUAGAAUCUCCACCAUCACAUGACCAAGAGAGAAAUAGAGCAUUACUUUGGUGUCAAGGAUCAUACAAAAAGUAAGACAAAAAAGUUCCUUUUCGCAUUUUUGAUAAUUUUAAGCUGUUUUUGCGAUAUUUUGAGCAGUGAAAAGAAGGUUAGUGCGAUCGUUAGCCCAUUUAAGGUGUUGCUCAUAGACAUCGUAACUGACAGCGCCCCCGACGGUGGAGAGAGAAAUAAAGCGCCUUUCCCAAAAACGCAAUCAACUAAUGCCAGCCGAGUUUUGAACACGGACAUUUCGACCUGGAGUCUAACGUACUACCUGUUAAGGCAACGCUUGUUCCACAUUUCAACUGACACUGUAAGCCCCGAAAGGCCUAGACCUCUAAGAACGUAAGUUUUUGCCAUCUUUUCACAGUACCCGAAUACGAUAUCAGCUCACCACAUCAUACAGACGUUAAUGGAAGGACUAUGUCUCCCUUUCUCAUCAGGGGAGAUGUGGGUCAUUCAGAUAUUUUACAUUACGACCUGCAUGCAUUUGGUUCCAAAUUACGGCUGCGAUUGAGGCGAAAUCGUAACCUCAUGGCACCGAACUUAGUUAUUGAGAGACAUCACGGAAAGGGUAUGGUAACGACUCAAUCUGCGCCUAAAAACAAAUACUACUUGGGACAAGUUUUGUCCGAUCCAGAUUCCUUGGUGGCCUUGCGAGGUGACACAAGCUUGGUAAGAGUUUUGUUACGCUUGAUGGUAUCUUGACUUUUUCUCUAAACGUUUUUGCCAAGCGAUAGAAAAAGGAUGAUGGUAAGUUUAACUUCUUUGAAGUUUUUUAACAUGGUGCUCUCGCUCAGACACGCCUGUGUUUACUACCGUGUUAAUGAUGUGCAUGAAAAAUGACGCGCUUCUAGCUGGCGGAAAAUUAGUGCAUUCUCAUGUAACUCGAGUGCAAAUUACAAAUAGCACGCGUGCAAUUUCAAAAUUUCGUCUGUCUUGCCUUUCUCGUAUGUUUUUUUUUUCAGGUAAAUUAUUAACAACAAAAACAUGAUUUCUCCUGCAAUUUGGUGUAAUAAACACUUGUAAAUUUUUUAAAGACUACAAAUUGUACUCACCAUAUGGACUCGUACAAUUUUGUUCUCUUCGAAAAAUUUACUCGUGCCUAUUAACACCGAAUUGCACUCAAAAUCAUCUCAUUACGCAUACAAAUUUCUUGCUGGUACUUACAUUAUGUUAAUUUUUUAUCAUUAGAUGGGUAUGAUCAGGACUUCUCGAGAAACACUAUUUAUACAGCCGCUCUCGACACACUUGGCCAGGAGAGUGAGGAGAAAUGCAUACUCUACACCGCACUUGAUUUACAGAAUUCCAACACAAGAAGCGGUUUCCUGUGAAAUGCAGUCAACAGGUUCGUUCGUUUUGUAAAACGAGCAAAUACUGGAAUUAGUGAUGCCACAGUAAUGGCGCAGGAGUCAUUGGUUGGUUCCCCCCUUAUGGUUCUCUUGUUUUCGGCCUUCCUCCACGAUGAUAAGCACUGCCAAUUUUAACUCGACUUGGGCACAAGACGCGAGGAUCAAUCUAUCAUAAAUUCAGUUUACUUUUUAAUUUUUUUCUCUUGGCACUUCCACUGACAAUCUUUAUGUGAUUUCGACGACAUUAAACCUGCUUUCGGUAAACGAUUGUUGUCAGUAUAUCGCAUUGUGUUUAGAUGUACUUAUUUGGCUUUUUCCCACAGACCACUAGAUUUUUCAUCAGUACUGAGACCUUUUCUUUAUUUCUUUACUUCUAUUUUUCUUAUUUUUCAGGAAAAGAUCGUAUCAAGAGAUCUACACUUUAUAGGAAGACUCGUGAAGUAAACAAAAAUGGCUAUAAAUUUCUUGAAGGAGCGUUAAUUGUUCCUAAAAGCUACGAACAGAAGUAUGGAACAGAUAAAUUUGCCACAGUACUCCUCGCUAUUGCCAACAUGGUAUGUUUGCUUGGGCAUGUUUACGACGAAACAAUAUUGAUUUUGUCUUAAUCAACGAGCUCUAAAAUGGCUGGAAGCCAGACAAACAUUCGCCGUAUCAGCAGUUUUGGAGAUGCCCGAAGGUUCAUUUUUCAUCAGUUAUCCUCUUUGAUAUGCAGAGAUUCACUUCAGUAAGAGUUUCCUUCAACGAGAGGGUGGUUAUUAACUCGUCUUACACCUUUUAAAAGGAAAUUCCAUCUUUAUCAGAAUUACAUUUUUUCAUCUGAUAGGUUGCUGGUAUGUAUCAAGAUCCCAGUAUAGGAAAAAUCAAGGUCUAUUACGUGGUUACCAAGAUUGUUGUUAUGGAGUCAACAGUAAAGCUGGUAAGAAAUACUAUUAAGAACCAAGUUUGCUAAAGAUACUGUAGUUUAGAUUGGUCUGGUGAAAACGAACAAGAAGCCAUUGAUAAUAAAAAAGAUGAUAAAAGUGAAAGGUCGGAGCAAAUGCACGUGAUUGGAGCCAAGAGUGCGUGUGUAAACGUUGGAGACCAAGGCAUAUUGUUUCUUGUUUAAAAAGCUUCAGACGUGAGCCGGGAAGAGGGGUUCUGGCAAAAGUGUUAGCGAAAGAAAAAAAAAAAAAAAUAAAAGUCUUGCACUUUUGAACUCUUGUUUCUGAGAAGUCCUAUCGUGCUACAUCGAGUCAGGAUUUUUGAAAGAUAGGAAAACCAAUUGAAACAAGUUUAAUUGCGGCUAAAAACUUUGUUUCUUUUUUGCUGUAUAGGCUAAUUUCUCUAAGAUCGACAGCAAUAGCAAAAAGCUGACUCAGAUGUUGAAAUGGGCGGGACCUUCAACACUGAAAAGUAUUAACGACCCGGAUCACUAUGACGUGUUCAGUUAUGUGUCAAAGUACGUAUUAACUUUAGAUUCUCGGAUGAAUAUCAACAUAAUUUUCAUUCGACGUCAUGUUUGUCGCGCACAGCAUUGGGUGGAUAACCGAGCAAAUAAUACUUGGUCAGAAAUCAAACAAAGUGAGCCGAACAAACAUGCUCUUCCAGCUUGAUUUUGAACGAAAAUAUUGAUGUUACAUCCGGAACUGUAACUCUCAAGAUCUGAAUCAUGGUCCCUUUUCUAGUUGCUGUUCUUUUUCACGUAAGUAAACAAAAGAUGAAAAGCACCCUCGAGCUGAUGGAUUCGUCCAAUCCCAUCGCCUCACUUUUUCCUGAAUGAUGUAUAGACAGGACGUUGCAUGGGAAAAACCUUGAUAGCGGUAUUUUAAGUCUCUUUUGGGGUGUCAGAUUCAUCGGAAAAGAAACAAACAGCAUCGUAUCCCCUUGAAGGUGAAAAAGACUUAUGCUUGUUUUACGAGGCAUUACGUAAACGUUUCAAAGAGGCGCGGGGGAAAGUUUGCUUAGAGAGAGACAGAUACCAGCCUACAUUGUAAGAAAUCCUCUAUAAUUAACUCCUUUUGGCACAGAGGAUCAGACAGACAAACAGAGUACAGACAAACUGUUUAAACAGUUUUCUUUUCGUCACCAAAAGGACUCUAUCACGGAGCGUCUAAUUCUGGUAGAAAAUUAUAUUGUUUCGUGCAACUAAGCAACUGUCUCCCUAGACUUGUGAUGAAAUUUUUUUAAUUGACCAUCUUACCACUUUUUUCCCUUUUUGCAGUGAAAUAAAAAGCGGAGGUAAGAUGCUCUUUGCUAACUUGUGUAAUUGGCUGAAAGAUGCCAAGCUAGAUGAAACGCGUCGUUUUAGAAAUUUUCAUAUGUUUUUGGGUGAUAAAAGUUCCAAGGAAGAUAAGAAGAAUAAAGGGUCAUUGAAUAUAUCCAUAUAUGUAAAUUUUUAGGUCUCGCCAUAGCUAACCAGAUCUGUUCCAAGGCAGGCGCUGGGAAUGGUAACGUCAACGCUGAUGUUGGUCUUCAAACUGCACUUCACGUCGCACACGAGAUAGGUCACAAGUAAGUGACGACGUUGCGUUGUUUGCAUUUUUGCAUUAUGCCCGAUGUCAGUAUUUGUCUUUGUAUUGUACGCUCUCUUAUAUCAGAUUCCUUUGUCGCACAUUGGCUCGGGAAAACGAACCACCUGGAUCUAAUUUUUUUCUUUAAAUUAGAAUCUUUUAACAAUAACACGACGAGAUUUGUCGGAAGUUUCGUGUGUCGUGACUUGAAAGUUAAGGUAGCACAAUUAGCAGAUGUAUCGACAGUUUUGUUGCUACAUGUUUGCUUGUUUGUUUUUUUUUUCGGUUUUGUUCUCAAUAAUUAAUCGUCAUUGCUAGCUCUUGUACGUAAUAAGGUACGAAUGAGAUAAGAAAUGCUUGUACAUUACCAUCACAUGAGAAUUAAAGGCUUACCUUUCUCUGUUGCCGCAGCCUUUACCUUGAUCAUGAUGGCGAUGUAGGGUGUCCGCAGCAUCAAUACAUUAUGGACGCUGUUUUACCGAGUGGUAUCUAUGCAGCAACCUGGUCGAAUUGUUCCCGGAGGGUCCUUCAGGAAUUCUUGGGGUGAGUGCCCUCUUGUGAAAAAUCGGUUAGCGUUUUGUAAACUUAUGAAACAACUGAAUAUUCCCAAUCGUAUCUUGAUUAAAAUGAUCUACAUACUCCAGCAAAUGCUACUCGCAAUUUAUUUUCCAAUAUAAUCUGGAAAAUGAUCACGACUUAUGACUUUUGUGCCUUUUUACACGUACCAUAGUAAUAUUUUUUAGAUUGAUUUUAAAUAGCAUUUUACGUUAUUAUACCAUAUAAUUAUACCUUUUGUAAUGUCAACGUUCUAAUGAACUGACAGGACCCCUAUUAAUACUUGUUUCAUUUCACUAACGAGGUUAUCCGAUUUAAGAUCAUUUACGAUAAGCUAGGAAACAUUAUGUGGUAGGUGGGCUUUGUUUACUUUUACAGAUCCAAAUAGUGAGAAGUGUGGCAUCUGUGAACUGCCUGCUAACAUCUGCAAGGGUAAUAUCUUACCACUUUGUUCUUACUGUAUUGACAGAGGCAGCAAGUCUUGGUGUUUAGAUAACACACCCCACGGCGAUCUUCCAACCCUUAAACCUGAGUAUCACGGCAAACUUCCCGGGGAAAUCUUCGAUGGGGACGCUCAGUGUGUCAUGCAGUACGGCGCUGAUUACAUAUUGUCACCUCAUCAAAAGGUGAGCUAUGACUGAGAAAGGAAGUACCACAAUGAAUAGGUUCGGCGCGCAGCAAGCCAUGGUUUACUUCACGCAGCUUUAUCUUUGAACCAAUGGGAAGCAAGUUGUUCUUGGAUUUGAGAUUGUUAUUUAUUGUUCUGCUACAUUAAAAAUCUUGGAUGGCGGAUUUGGAAAAUCAGUCAUUCGUUUCACACAAAUCAGCCAAUUUUCUACCAUAGUGAAAUUAGUUAAGCACCUAAGAAGAGAUGGAAACUUUGAGAAUACUGGUCCUCGGGGCCAACGUGUCUCAAGUUAAGUAGAGCCCUUGCGUAAUAUGCAGUGAAGAUGUCAGGCCAUCAGACCUUUUCCUAAACAGAUUAACAUUUCCCUCGAUUUAAACUCAUCGCCCCUUGUUUCAAAAUAAUUUCUACUUUAAAAUUUUUUUUAAGGGAGUAUGCGAUAAGUUAUAUUGCUUUAAUCCUAAAAGUGGAACGCAAUUGAGUCGACUUGCACCGAUAGCUGAUGGGGCACCCUGUGCAGAACGCAAGGUAAGAACAAGGGUAGUUAUCCUGCGAUAAUCUUAUGAGCGUCCGGAAGCGUUUAUUAUGGCCAUUUUCUUCUGCCGCGAGCGAAACUUCCAUGAAUACUGCCACGAAAACACACCAUGCCUUGCCAACAAGCUCUCUGCGCCUUAGCGUCUCUCCAGCUUCUGUCGCCGGCUGCUUCAUUGUUCAUAGCGACAUUUCCCUUCCAAAUUGAAGUAUUCUUCAAAAGCACUUUUAUAGUUAGUGCCCUCUAACUAGUUUGAUCUUACACAUCGCUAUUUUACGUAAGUUUUCUCAACAAUUUCUGCUCGGGUUCUCGGUGCCAUUACGUUCAUUCAGCGGGAAAUUAAUUUGUCUUUGCUCUUCUGACCAAUGUUUCAUUCAGUUUCCUGCGCUUUGAUUGGUUUCUCACGAAUUUUUUUAAUGGUUUUCAUGAGAAUCAGCGACUUUAUCACAAAUUAAGAGCUAAGAAUAAGUUUAUCUUUAUCUCUGACAAACUCCGCUCUGAAUUAUGUCAUAGAGGCGACAAACUGGGUUACUGAAACAGUAACUCUGGGUUACUGGGGCUCCUACAAUCUGAAUUGCUCUCAGCAGUACAAUUCAAUCUCAGAUCGUACUCUUUUCAUUUUUUUGUGACUGGUUGAAUAAGAAAUUUUCAAUGACAAAAAUUUCAGCAAUUAAAUUGCAACAUUUUAAAAUUAGAUAUUGUUAUAAAACCGGAAAUUGGACCACGUGUUCGACCAUUUUAAUGCGUGUUUAUUCGAUUUUUAAAUCGAGCGUACAGUUCAGACCAGAUUAAACUUCUUGCACCUCAGUUACCGCAGAAAAAACAAACCCUCUAAAUCUGUAAUAAUUAUGUCACUUUACCAGUCUUAAAAAAUAUUUUCUGUUACAAUUGCAGUGGUGCAUAAGCGGGAAAUGUGUAGACAAUGGCAAACCAAGGAUUCAUGGAGGUUGGAGCGCGUGGUCUCGUUACGACUCACCAUGUUCACGGCCAUGUAACGGCGGAGUCACGUUCAGAACUCGAACUUGUACAAACCCUGUGUAAGUUUGAAUAAUAACAAAUCUAAAACUGUAUUUCCUGAAGCAUUUAGACCUUAGGAUUAUAAAAGGCGUGUUCGUAAUGAUUUUUUUCUAUCGUUAUUGUUGUUUGUUUCUUUUGGUUGAGUGUGUGUGUGUGUGUGUGCGUGCACCUUUGCACACCUAUGGGGACAUUCAUAUGUAUACACACCAGCAAAGUGGGGUCUGUUCAAAUUGUGGGGACAUUUUCAAGUCCCCACAAAAAAGUCCUCAUAAAUACGUUGUAAUAAGAGAAAAGACCAUCAUAGUGAGGACUUUUGCAUGGUCCUCAUAAGUCGGUUUGUAUAACACACAUCUUGAGUCCUCACAAGAAGGUAAAAACACAGAACCUGGAAAAAGUUUUUUUUUUUGUGUCCUGAGGCACAUGAAGAAGUGCCCAAGAAAACCAUUAAGAUACUUAGAUUAACGAAAAAAUAAUCUUUUAAUGGUUUACACACUCAAAUUCUUCAUAAAGUACACACACUGUGUGUAUUCAGAUACACACAGUGCCUGAGUGAUACUAAGAAUUGCAGAGUGUACUUUGUUAAAAACUGUAUUCUUUACAUUAAUUCUUAAUGUAACUAUCUUUAUGACUUUUUUUAGAGCACCUCCUAAGGUGCUUUUAUGGCUAAAAAAAAUUUUUCCAGUCUUUUUUUUUCUCCCUUUUUGAGAGGAAUUAAGGUGUGUGUUCUCCGAACCAAAGUAAAGGGACUCUUCGGGAGUCCUCAUUAUGAAGGUCUUAUUUCAAAGAAAUACCCUCUAAAGAACACAAGCACCACCCAUUUUCUUUGAUCAGGUUUUUAUAUUGAGGUGACACAGACUCUCAGACCCAAAAAGAACAUCAUCAAAGUCUCAUUAUUAUUAUCAUUAUUAUUACUACUAGUUCCUUUUGGUAGAAGAGUUAUCUUCCCAAAGGAUUUUGAUUGUGCAUGGAAUCCUCUAAACAGCUCUAUCUAGUGCCUUUUUGAUAGAACUUAACAAUGUAUGUAACUUUAUGGCUUUUUUGAGCACCUCUAAAUGUGCUUAUUGUUUCUUAUAAGUUCCCUUAUGUAUCAUUCUUUCAGUACAUCCAGUAGUGCCGUGUCCAAUCAGAAGAUGUCUGUCUAUUAAAAGAACUUUGAGUAAUGUGUGGGCUGUUCUACACAGAGACAUAUCAUAUUAUGUCAGUCACCAGAUUAUGCAAUAACUUAGAAAAACUGACAAAGUAGAUGUUAUGGGACCAAAGCUGUGUGGCACAGAAUGCUGUACCGAUCACUGAUUAGUUUUGUCACUACCAACUAAUUCAAUUUUCAUCAAGGAAAAUGAUCUUUCCCUUGACUCCAAAGUUUUACCCUAAACUACAGUGAACACCUUUCACAGUCCUUAGGAAACAGAUUGAACUAGAUGCACUAACAUAUAUAAAACAAUGGCUCACUCAUUUACAUUUUGGUCAUAUAUAUUAGUACUGAUCUUGCAAACUUUAACUCAUCUAUGGCCCCCAAAAAUGCAUGAAACUGACCACACUGUGUUUUCAUUUUUUUACCUCAACAUGUAUUUAUAGCAAUAAGGCCCUACAUUAUCUUACAUUAAAGUGUAUUAAAAAUAAGAAUUUCAGAAAAAUUAGCAUAAAUUUGUUAUCAUAUUUGAGGAAAAAAAGAUUUUUCAUCAAAAUGUUAGUAAUUAUUAUGAAUAAUUAUUAUGAAGUAAUACAAAAUUGAUCCUCCAGAUGUCAGCCAUAUUCCUGAAAAUUUGAAAGGAGAAAAGUAAAUUCUAAAUCUUUUCACAAAAUUUUCAUGUUUUCCAAUGUCAGUCAAACCCUUACUGGGAAGAAAUAUUUUUGGAAAAAAUGGGGGUGUGUCUGCAUGGGGGCAGGUUUGAAGUGUUACUAAGUAAAUAAAUAUGCCCUCCACUAUCCUUGCUAAUCAAUAGGAGGUCUCUUUGGCAAAACUAGCAUCAAAACACAACUAUCAUAACUCAUGACUGACAAAGUUAAAAUGAAUGCUGCAAAGUGGCUUUUAUGACAUUCUUCACUUCUUCUUUUUUUUUCUUUUUUUGCAUCUUCUAUUAUUUUGUUUUUUUGUCUCUUCUUUGGUAUUUCCUUUGAGUAACAAAACACCUAAACCCAUUGACAGUGAUUAAAAUCAAGCAAUGGGAAAUAUGGUUUGCAAAACAAUAAGCUAUGACACUCUUCGGUAUGACACAAUGCAAAGCAAUUUCCAUCAUUUCUAGCAUGCACUUCCAGACACUAUGGCAAAACCAAACUUAAAUAUCCCCUUUUCAUUUUAUGAUACACCGCAAAGCAUAUGUUAUUCCCAGAGAAAGCUGAAAUACUCCUAAACUCACUUUGGGUUUGGUUAGGAAAUAUGAGGAGCAGUGGGCUUAGUAUUCACAGAUGAUAGAUCAUUCCCAGGGAAUUCACAAAACUGUCUCAUAAUGUCCCUUGGGAAAUGAACCAAAGUAUAAUUUCAGGCCUGAAUAUAGCACUCUCAUCAGAAAAAUAAACCUGAUGCUCUUUGAAAAUAUGAGACUACUAACUGCUGGCAAAACAGAACUGGGGGCAGCAGAAGCAGAAGAAAUUUGGGGGUCAACACCAACACAUUGAAACAAAAAUGUAUUUCAAAUGAAGUCAAUAUAUCAAGUUCAACACAAAUACACUGAUUUACUGUAAAGCCCUAUAGAAAUGGUACAGAUAGACAAUGAUAGUAACUAACUAUGGUGCACAUUUGAAUUCAAACUAUAAUCAACUAGUUUUUCAGUCUGUGGUCUUGCCAAAAAUAGGCUCAAACUGAAAUGGAAAAUCAUAAGAGGGGUAAAAUAGUUGUCAAAAUUUUAUAGGUUGUCUCAAAGUUCAUUUUCAACAUCUCCUUAACCCUUUAACUCCCAUGAGUGACCAAGAGAGAAUUUCUCCUUACAAUAUCAAUGCAAUAUCAACCAGAUAAGUGAUGAGAAUAGCGAAAAAUAUAAAUUAGGGAAUAAUUUGUUGAUCCAAUACUAAAUUAUCUGAACUAACAUUAUAAGAAUUGUAUGGUUGACAGUGAGGAGAAUGACAAAUUUGAUCUGGGAGUUAAAGGGUUAAAGGCUUCUGUCUUCUGCUUGCAACUUCUUGACUUCAUAUCCACUCCUUCCUGCUUCAUUUGUGGUGAUCAAGCAACUCUUUAGAAGAGUCGUUCUACAUUAAUGUUCUCUAAAACUGUGGCGAUAAGCACUCUUCUUGGCUGAUAUUUUGCUUACAAUUUCACACACUAAGAUACUAGGUAUCAGCCGGCAGUAAAAUCCCAUUGUAUGCGUCGGUGGGAGAGUAUAGCAGGUAAUUUAGAGAUAACAACUGAGUUGAAAACGUAAUUGGCGACCGUAAAGAGUAAAAAAAGCUGACGUUUCGAGCGUUAGUCCUUCGUCAAUCGCUCUGACGAUGGGAUAACGCUCGAAACGUCAGCUUUUUAACUCUUUACGGUGGCCAAUUUACGUUUUCAACUCAGUUGUUGACACUAAAUUACCUGAUAUUUACCUCCACUUCGGUGAACAAUUGUUAACUAUCAUGAGAUGUUUGAACGCAAACAUGACGGCAAAUGAUUAUUUCAACUAUCAUCAACUAUCGUGACCGUUUGAACAGGGCUUAAAAAUUCCGAGUUAUUUUUGAGGAUAAGCAUUAAAAGAUUGUACUUGUUAUUCUGAAUUUAUACCCGAUGAAAAACGUUUCACUCACCUCCUCAAUUAUAGCAUCUUCUCCUUCGCUAAGAAUACCAAUGUGACAAUGGUUUGUUCCGCUUCUAAAUUGAAGUUGACUAAAACAAAACACACGUACAAACUAACUAGCAAUCGCUUACAAUCAAAAUAUGCAUUUCUCUAUGGCAACAAAACAACCAAUCGUAUUACGCGUCAUAUGGUUUGAAUCGCAUAGUUGAAUCACAUCCAUUGGCGUAAAUUAUGGGGAUCUUUGGUCUCAGAUACUUGUUACAAAUUUUUGAUCAAAACUCAGGAACUGCACUACUGGAGGUGAACGACUAUGCUUUUCAAAAUUAUAUGUUCGAUGGCUCUCGAUUUCUCGAUCUCAAUUUCUAGCCCCCGAUCUAGUCUGCGUCCUUCACCACUGUCUAUUCCAUCUACGGAGUUUCCGAUGAUAAAUUUAACCUCUAAAUCAUCAUCAACGGGGAUAAAAUAAGAUCGACUCACAUCGACGCCGAUUGAACUUGAAAUAUUAGUUGUGUAGUGCAUAUUUAACUACCAAAUUGGCUUUAAUUUUCAACAUCUUAUACUCCAAAUUUGGAAAGAAUCGGAAGUAACGCAAUUUUUUUCAUAAGCGUCAUUGACCAAGCGUGAGGUCAAGAUGGCUAGAUAUUGGGUCAGUUCUUUUUUGUGUUUUAUUUCCAUAAAAACGGAAAAAAAGAGAACGACACUAAUAUCCAGCCACCUCGACCGAAAAAGCUUGGUCAAUAUCGGAUUUAUUAUAGAGCAAAAACGUCGCCGCUUUUAUUACGAAUCAAGACUUGUUUAUUUCGAGAGACGGGAAAGGAGGCCAACUGUUUUUGCGCGGAAUCACAGCGGGCAGUCCUGAGCCCAUCUUGCCUGCUUAGGUGCCAAUCAGAACAGAAGAUAUUUCAAAUUUGGGUUAUUUUCCCUAGGGCAAUUACCAAAAUAAAGGGAAAAUUCCCUCUAUCUGAACCAAUCAACCUUUAGUAAUUUGCUCUCUAUGUUAAAAAUAACAGAAUCAACGCGCGCAACAUUAUUUGAGAAUGGUAGGCUGUUUUCAGCCGAGGUAACCAUUAGGGUGGUGCUUUGUUUUAGGGUACCGUUCGCACUUGCCUUAUUGGGAACAUUUUCUCUUUAAUUUUCCUAUCAUGUUUGGAAUCUUUAACGAUAUGUCCGUUUUGCUCCAAAAAAGUGUUUUAGAAAAAAGGAAGAAAAAAAGAAAAAAAGAAAAAAAAGAGAACUGAUGCAGGUCACAGGGCUCUAUAACGUCUCUGUUACAAAAGGCUAUUAGUAAAGCGGCACCAAUUGUUAAACACAACAAAUAUACCCCAAAAAUUUCAUCCGCGUUCGACAAUAAUCGACCUUAAAAUGCUCAGCGAUGGCAGGGUAAGGGCUCUUAUAGCACACCCAGAGCCUUUCCGUUACCCUCCGAGUCUCAAGUAAUCUGUAAUCAGACUUUUUGAAACUCUAGGACGCAUACGUGGGCUCUGAAUCGUAAGGACCUCAACAUGUAGACCUGGUGUGGGUAGUAAAAGUGUGCAUGCAGAGUCACCUAUACGUCCGAAUAAUUGCUUAAAACUAUCAUUUUAUUUUGUGGUUUCAUCACAAGCAGCUCGCUAAAUCUCAUCGAUGCUUUUUUGUGCCUUUGAGGUGCAAGAGCAAAUAUACAUAACACAAGGCUAGCUUAAACAUCAAGGACAAAUUGAAUAUCCAUGUUGGCUCACCAUGCACUAAGCUAGGGGUAAUCAUAAUGAUUAAAUCUCCAUUUGUUUGCAGCAGUUUUCUUUUUUCCUGUAUUCCGUCAUAAAAAACGCUUUCUUUUCCCUUCUUUCUCUUUUAAAAGAGCGAUUUCAUUCACGUCCAAUUCUGAGUUAUUAACCCAUUAACUCUAAAGGGUGACUGCCUUCUAAUUUCUCAUUUCAGUAUCAACCUUGAAUUGAAUGUAUAGGUAAUGAGAAAAAUGAAAAUAAUAACCAAUUUGAAAAGCUCAUGAUUGUUAAACAAAUUCUCCUUGUCCUUACCACAGGAAAUGUAGAGAGAUCAGUGUGGAGAAUAUGAGUACCAACCUAAGGGUGUAAAUGGUUAAUGAUCGAGCUAAGUGCAAAUUAAUGCUAUGUUUCAUCUAUUUGAGCGAACUGAAAAAUUCCAACAUCUGUGGCAUCAUGCAGUAGUUCAGUGAUUAGAUUCUGUCAUAUUGGUUCUAUCAUUCGUCUGUCUGCAAUUACUUGAUUGGUGAGAUUAUCACGCCAUGCACCUUGCUGUGACAUACCUGUUAGAUAAAAUACUCUUUCCAGGAGUUCUCAGUAUUGCUUUCAAUAAACCUCACAGAAUAUUCAUUUAGAUACCUAACAGCAAGAGCUCUUAAAUUCAAAUAAAAUGUAGGACCGCUAAAUAACUAGUUAGAGAAAGCUCGAAAAAAAAAAUGUUUAUCAUCACUGGCUCGCGGGGAGGAAGGAAAGGAUGUGAAGGAUGGGAAGAAUGGGAAUCCUUGUUACAAGGAUCUAGUUCUCAUCUAUAAGUCACGGUGCACAAGAUUAAGUAAGAGAACUCUCAAAUUGAAAUCAUGUCAUAUAUUGAACACAACUUUAUUAAUAUCUCAAAAUAGGCCAAGAUACAUAAUUCCCAAAAUCUAUCAAGAAAUUCUUCAAAAAAAUGUCUAUAAAUCUCUUUUAACUCUAAAAAAUAUAAAAAUCUUUUUCUUCAAAAAUCCCGACCAUCUCAGCAAUGUUUUUCAAAAUAAUCACAAAAUUUUGCAUAAAAGGUGAGAUAUUGUGGUGCAAUUUCUCAGAAACACCUUUAAAACAUUCGCACAAGGGGUGAAAAAUUCGCAUCUCCUAUAUAUAGGAGGCGAAGCCACCUAAGUUAUUGCAGUUCUUACUGUGACACUACAGAAGAUUAAAACACCAAAAAGGAAUCAUCCGUUAAGCCACAGAGAUAUAGUUGAGAUGAUUAUGAAAUUAAUAUUCCUCCAUGUGAACUGGAAUCUUUUAUUCGGGAAAAUGAAUGAACUUAAGUCAUCAGUGACCUCAUGGAUAAGCUUCCUGAUCUCCAUUUCCGUGAAACAAGUCUUAAAGAGGAGUGGAUGUUUCUAUACUGCAUCACUGCAACAGUUAGGCUCGGUCUCUUAGGAAAAUCAGGAUUGGUUUGAUGACAACGUGUAGAAAUAAAGGAACUCUUAGAGCAGAAACGUAAGCACUUUCUUGCCUAUCAAGUCAGCGCAACAUCAGUAUCGAAAUGAAAGUCUUUAUUGCCUGCAAUAGUAAACUCAAGAGCAUCUCAGAAAAAUGCAAGACACCUGGCUCCAGGGGCAGACGCCAUUCCUGCGUAAAUAUGAAAGGCAGGUAAUAAAAUAGUCACCCAAAAUCUGUAUGAAACGUUCUCAUCCUUUUGGAGCAAAGAUGUUCUACCUCAAGACUUUAAUAAGGCUAUCAUUGUCCAAUUGUAAGAGCGAGGAAACAGGCAGUCCUACGACAACCACGAUGGAACACCGUUACCGCCGUCAGUUUUAGGCAAAUUCCUUGCUAGAGUCAUGCCUAAUCGACUCUCGGCGAAAACAGUUAAACUGACAAAUUGCACAAUCCAGCUUAACUGGUUGAAAUAGUUAAAAUGCUCAAACCAGCUUAAAUGCUUAAACUGAAAAAAAUGCAUAAGCAUCUUAUAAGGUUCAACCUCACAAACUCCACAAACAUUUGCAACAAGGUCUCCUGCCCGAGAGUCCGUGCAGCUUUCGAACGAGCAGCAGCGGAACAGUACAUGUGAUAUUUACAGCUCGUCACUUUAUGAGAAAAUCCAGGAGUAACACUAGGACCUCUGUACCACCUUUGUUGACCUGACCAAGGCGUUAGACAUGGUCAGUCGUGAUGAUCUAUAGAAAGUCAUCUCAAAGCUAGAUGCACCUCUAUUAUCAUCACCAUGAUUGGAAAGUUUCUUAAUGAAAUGAUGGAACUUGUAAAAUAGUGAGGUGUGGAAAUAUUUCCCGGUCAACAAUGGCUUGAAACACGUAUGUGUUCUCGCCCAACCUUCUUCUCAAUGAUGCUCUCUACAAUGCUCCCAGGUGCAUUCUCACAAGGUGAUGCAGGCGUAGAAACUCGUUAUAGAACUGAUCACAUGCUUCACAAUCGUAGACGACUUAAGGAAACACUUGAGGUCAGUCUUACCACUAUCCGUGAUCUAAAUUUUGCAAAUGAUUGUGCACUGGAUAGUAACUGUGAAGAACAGAUGCAUCAUGGCAUGAACUCUUUGGGCACAACCUGUGAGAACUUUUGAUUCACCGUACGUACCCACCAGCUCUAAGAAGCAAUACAACUAACCUUACAGUCAUUUAAUUGGCACAAAACUCCACGCAAUUGACAAGUUCACCUAUCUUUAAAUGACUGUAUAGGGACGCAGGUAAAUCUCAACAGGUAGAAAACUCAAAGUCUAUAAAGCUGGACAGUUUACAGCAGGUAAGCAGCCAAAUUUAAUCACAUCCACGCAAUGGUUCAUUGGUUCAUUGGUUCAAUCUAAAUAGUCGAACUAGCGAAACAGUUGAACUGUACAAAUUGCACAACCUAUCUUACUUAGUUAAAGUAGUUCAAGUGAUCAAACUAGCUUCAAUUGUUCAACUGCACAAUCUAGCUGAAUUGGUUCAGGUAGUUAAAACAGUUAAACUAGCUCAAUUGGUUUACCUGGUUAAAUAGUCAAACUAGCGAAAACAGUUAAACUGACAAAUUGCACAAUCCAGCUUAACUGGUUGAAAUAGUUAAAAUGCUCAAACCAGCUUAAAUGCUUAAACUGAAAAAAAUGCAUAAGCAUCUUAUAAGGUUCAACCUCACAAACUCCACAAUCUACCAUAAUUGGUUAAAGUAGUUAAAAUAACCAAACUAACUUAACUGGUUGAAUAACUAAUUGGUUGAAGUAGUACAAAUGAUCAAACUAGCUUAAAUUGUUCAACUGCAUAACCUGCACAAACUGCACGAUCCAGCAGAAUUGGUUCUGCCCAGAAAGUAGCUAUGUCAUUUCUGCGACCUGAUUCGAAUGCGGACAGUCAAGUAGAUAUUUCAGUGUACCGCUGGUUAUUUUGCAGUCACGGUAAGAUAUCAAGUUUUCGAGAGCACAUGGUCUGUUUUGAGUUUAAGUUUUAGUUUCUGCUAAGAUUGUCGAACAAGAUUUCAUUUGUUAUUAGCGGGACAAGACACAAAUAACUUGUACUAUUCGAUCGUUUUUGUUUAGCUUUCUUAUCCUUUGUGACUCGGUUAUUUUGCUUUAUUCAGCGGAUUUAUACAUUUGAUUUCAGUGAAUCGUUGUUCAUGUAAUAAAAAGAGUUUACAGUUCAGCGCAAUUGGCUCAACUGGUUAAAUAAUCAAACUAGCGAAGACCGUUAAACUGAAAACAAUUGAAAAAUAUAUCGUAGUUGUUUAAAGUAGUUCAAAUGGUCAAACUAGCUAAAUGGUUUAACUUGAAAAAAAUGUACAAUUAGCUUAAAUGGUUCAACUGCACAAGCUGCACAAUCUAGAUUCAAAUACCUAAAAUAGUCAAACUAACGAAAACAGUUAAAUUGCACAAAUUUCACAUUCUAUCUUAAUUAGCUAAAGUAGUUCAAAGGGGGAUUUAGGAUUUUCGGUUUUGCAGUUUUGGCUACGUUUUAGAUCGGUUUUUCGUUUUUUUGUGCCAAAAACUUCGUUUUUUCGGUUUGGUGGUCAUUGCGGUUUGCGGAUUUCCCGUUUUUUUAGCAUUUGGUUUUCGGUUUUCGCAAAAAAUACUAACUGGUUUUCGGCUUUGAUAUCCGAUGUAGUUUUCGGUUUUUCCAUUUAGACCUAUUUGGGUUCCGGUUUCUCUUCGAUCUGAGCGGCAACUACGCGCCUCCACUAAUCUCGAAUAGCCGCUAAACGCAAAUUUUAUCGAGAGGAAUGAGUGACAAACCAAUUGAAAUAUCGCAGGGAUCCCUAGGUAGCCUACGUGUAGCCGUACCUUCCCCUUCCCUGAGUGGGGGGAAAAAGAAGGAGGGUACGGCUACGCGCCUGCACGUAGGGCACGGCUAAGCACGGAUCAUUUCCAAAGUUUCUUUAUCAACGCCACCUCGAAGUUUAUGACCAAGUUACAGGCCAUACGCGACUGAUUGAUUCAACAUUCCAAUGGAAUCUCCAAACUUUCAGGUCUUAGUUCGCGAAUGGAAAUGUUAGAUCAGGGAUUUUUAUGAAACUUUCCAGAGUUAUAGCUUUUUGCGACUGCAAAAUUGCAAUCCUAUGGAGGCUUUUGUGCGAAUUUCCUUACUUUAAUUAGGCUCCAUUACCGGCUGCUGAGUCCGCAGAGACCACGCUCGAGGUCCUCGAGAGCGCAGCUGUUAAUUUAAGCAGAUACUAGAAGAUACGAAUGCCAAGUGCAUGGUAUUCAUGGAUCCUGUCAUGAAAUUAGUGUAGUUUACUCUGUACGCUACACUUGUCAUCACUGUAUCGAAACGAUCAGGGUUUCAAUAACUGGGAUGUGAAAGUGUAUCGAUUUUGACAGUUUUGCAUGCCGUUUUCGAUUUUGAUCGAGUUUUUUUUUCGGUUUUGGAUGAUUUUUUCUACGGUUUUAAGGUUUCUAAUGGGCCCCAAUGCCCUCCUCAGUUCAAAUGGUCAAACUAGCUCAAAUGGUUCAACCGGAGGAAAUGCAUAACUAGCUUAAAUGGUUCAGCUGCACCAAAUGCACGAUCUUGCUUAAUCGGUAUAACUAGUUAAAAUAGUCAAACCAGCAGAAAGAGGUAAACGGUAUCGGAAUAAUUCGCCCCUCGAACAAUUCGCCCCUCAAACAAUUCGCCCCCAAUUUUUAGACAAUUCACCCCAAUGUGAAAACACCGAGUCAGUCAACCGAAUCAUUCGUGCCCAUCGUACAUGAAACAAAGCUAUCUACGGUCGAAUUUAUAAGUAUAAUAAGGGCGAACGCGUUCUCGCGCGUCUAAAACCGAAGAACUGAACACGUAUCACCAUCUUACGCUCACGCGAUUGACGAUCAGUAAAUUAUUUUGGUUUCGGUUGACUCGAGUAGUCGAGUUUUCUUUUUUUUCUUUCAAGAAAUGAUUGCCUUGUGACAAAAGCUAUAUUUUCUACAAUAAUUUGGGUGUUUUCACAUUGGGGGUGAAUUGUAUUGAAAUUGGGGGCUAAUUGUCCGGGGGCGAAUUGUCUGACAUUCGAGGUGAACUGCACAAAUUGCACAAUGUAUCUUAAUUGGCUGAAGUGGUUCAAAAUGGUCAAACUAGCGAAAAUGACAAAAUGCGUAACUAGCUGAAAUGGUUUAACCAGCCAAAAUUCAUAACUAGCUGAAUCAGUUCAACUGCGGAAACUGCUUAAGUCACCUCAAAUGAUUCAACUGGUUACAUAGUCAAACUGGCGAGGAUAGUUUAACUUCAAAAAUUGCACAAUCUAUCUAAAAUGGUCUGACUACCUUAAGUGCUUCAACUGGACAAAAUGCAUAACUGGCUUAAUAGAAUCUACUGCACAAACUGCACAAUCUAGCCUAUUUGUUCCAACUGGACAUAGUUUGAUGCUACUCUGGUUUGCAGAUUUAAUGAAUGUAACCGAAAAAGUUACAAUUCAUAGACCCAACGUUUCGACACUCCUGUCUAGUGCCUUCAUCAGGGGUGAUCUAAACGCUGCAACAAGAGGUCCUAUUAUAUGAUCACUAAUUAGCGGCCUUUUUUUUCGAACGAUGUGUAAAUAGGCGUCAGGUAGCAAACCGUCACCGUCACGAUUUUAAGGAGCGUGAGCGGAGUUAAUAUGCCAAGCCUCCAAACAAAGGCGCUGGUGGUAACGCCGAUUAGUGGUGAUAAUUUUAGAAUUAUCCCACCCAAUUGUAUGGUUAAUUAGGCAUGUAUGCUCCGAUAAAGCUGAAUUUUCCUUUUUGCAAAGGAAAACCGCUUUUUGGUGCUCUUUUAACCGUGUACUAAACUGACGUUUGGUCUGUCCGAUGUAUUCGUUGACACAGUCAUUGCAAGGAAUAGAAUAAAUGGCGUCGGUUCGUUGUUCUUUCCUGACAGGAUCCUUAGGUUUGGCGAAAAUAUGCCCCAAAGUCUGAAAAGGUUUUUGAGCAACUUUAACGUUGUGGCUAUUCAAAAUUCUCUUGAUGGGUUCCGUAACACCCUGUAUAUAAGGAAUAAAAGCAAAACCAGUCGCUGGUUCCCUUGCAUCAAGAGCGUUACUAUUUGUAACUGAUUUUUGGCAGUUACGGGGAAAAGUUUUUGUAUGGCCAUUUGCCUUUAGGACAUUGGAAACAUAUUUCCUCUCCUCAGCCUUCGAAUCGAGUGAAGAUGAUAGACGGUCAGCCCUCCUAAGUAAAGUUUUGGCUACAGACUUUUUAUGGCAAACAGGGUGGUGAGAAUCGAAAGCGAGGUAUUUGUCGGUGUGGGUAGGUUUACAGUAAAGACUUGUCUCUAAAUUACUCUGAACACAUUUAAAUCAAGAAAGGGAAAAUGUCUAUCUUUUUCACGCUCAAGGGUGAAUGGGAUCGACGGCUCUACUGAUUUCAAAUGCGACAAGAGGCGCUCCGCUUCAUUUCCAGAUAUCGCAGAAAUAACAUCAUCGACAUAUCAUUUCCAGAAAAAGGGUUUAACCGGUGAAGUGGCUAAGGCCUUUUGUUCCACGUCUUCCAUUACCAUGUUAGCAAUGACAGCAGAGACGGGCGAACCCAUCGCUGUACCAAAACUUGUUGAUAGUAGGCGCCGUUAUAUGUAAAUUGCGUGGUUUUGAGGCAAAAAGACAGCAGAUGACUAAUAUCCUCCACAGGCAAGGAAGUUCUUUGUCCCAGGGAAGCAUCUUCUCUGAGUCAUUCCUCCGCAACCUUGACGGCAAGAUCAACUGGGAUUUUGGUGAAGAGCGAAACAACGUCUAAAGAUACUAAUUCUUCACAAGCGUUAAGAGUUUUAUCUCUUAUGAAAUCCGCAAAUUCGCAGGGAUUUUUGACAGAGCAAUCAGUAUUCCCAACAACAGGCGACAAAAUUCUCGCAAGAUAACCAGAAAUUGCAUAAGUCGGAGAAUUAACAAAAGAGACAAUGGGUCUCAAAGGAAUUCCCGGUUUAUGAAUUUUAGAUAAGCCAUGAAAACGUGGACAUAAGCCGUCACUACUGUAUAACAUUUUGUACGUAGAGUCACUAAUUAUACCAGCUUUUUUCAAAUCAAGCAACAUUUUGUUUAACUUUCUUUGAGUUUUACUGGUAGGAUCAGAGUUAAAGACAGCAUACGUACUCUUGUCGUUAAGCAGAGACAAAGCUUUGUCGUGAUAUUGCUGUUUGUCCAUAACCACAACACAGUUACCCUUGUCCUCAAUUACGAGCCUGUCCGGAUCCUUUUUGAGAGCUAUAAGUGCAUUCAAAACAUCCUUUUAAAUGUUUUUGGGAGGAGGUUUAGCACGUGUGAGUAUGCUAAUUACUUCUGCUCUUACCAAAUACCUACGAUCGUCGUUGAGUUGAGAGAUACUCUCCUCAACAGCGGCGACAAUAUCGGCAGCCGGUAUUUUUCGAGGAGCAAUAGCAAACUUCAGACCCUUCUCUAAACCACUCCGUUCCAGCGCGGAUAACUCCUUGGAGGAAAGGUUCAAGACUCAUUUAUCUCUCAGAGAUGAGCCUGAAUUAGCAGGAGACCCCUUACUGAGCAAGUGACGGAGUUUUCUGUCGUGUUUCUCUCUCUGUUUGGUAAACGUCUGCAGUUCUUUCGAACUUCUUUUCGAAAUUUCUUUAAUUUAACUCCAACUGCUUAAAUGGUCAAACUUGCGAAAACAGUUAAACUGUAUAAAAUUCAUAACUAGCUUAACCAGUUCAACUGCAGAAACUGUUAAAGUUGUCUCAAAUGAUUUAACUGGUUACAUAGUCAAACUAGCGAGGACAUUUAACUUCAAAAAUUGCACAAGCCACCUGAAUUUGUUGAAGUAGUUCAAAUGGUCAAACUAGCUUAAACUGUUCAACUGGACAAACUCCAGAACUAGCUUAAAAGGUUCAAUUGCACAAUCUAUCUUAAAAGGCUCGACUGGGUGAAUAGUCAAACUAGCGUAGGCAGUUAAACUGCACAAAUUGCACAACCUAUCUUUUUUGGUUGAAGUAGUCCAAAUGGUCUAACUAGCUUAAGUGCUUCAACUGCACAAACUGCACAAUCUAGCUUAAUUGGUCCAACUGGUUAAAUAUUCAAACUUACAAAAACAUUUAAACUGCACAAAUUGCACAAUCUAUCUUAUUUGGUUGAAGUAGUUUAAAUGGUCAAACUAGCUCAAAUGGUUCAACCGGAAAAAAUGCAUAAUACAUUUGGUUCAACUUAAAUUGAAUGCAGAUGGUUCAAUUGCACAAACUGCACAAGUCCCAUUCUCCGAAAAUAGCUCCUCUGUUGUAGGCUGACACUGGAAAGAGAUCCGUGGGUGGACAGAGAAAGCCUUUUACAAACAACUGAAAGUAUUCAUCAAAAAAACCUGGGCGAAGAUCCUGAGAACUGGGUAGGAUAGGCUCACCUUUGGCCGUUCAUGUGAUUCACAUGCGACAGACACUCUCGUGCACCGAUUGGUCUCCACGGCCACCCUCAGACACAAAUGCGUACUCAACGGCAUCAAGGGAAAAACAAAAAACUACAUGGCUGAAUUUAUUAUGUGCAAAUAUAUCUCGAAAGGCAAGGCUUUCUUUAGUUGCCUCAAACCAUUGACUUGUCUUGGUGCCAAGACUUGGAGGAGGCGGCAAUAAAGAAACAACAGCUGCAAAUGGAGAAGGAGGUAAGAGAGGCGGAGGGCAAGUUGAAUCUAGGAAAAAAAACAUGACGAAAGAUUCGAGGAACAACCGAAUACCGCAAGAAUGCAGCAACAGCAGCUACGACAACUAGAGCGUAUGAACAUGGUUUUGCUGCAGCGGCAAAGCCAGGCGCUUAUGUUCUUGUUACAAAAACUUGCUGACAAAUAAAAUUGUUCCGCAAAUUUAUUUGAAACUUGGACUUUCUGGUUCAGAUGCCUUGCGUAUUUCUGUAUAUGUGAUAGACAACAGGAAGAGAAUAUCAGCUGUCUGAAGAGAAUAUCAACAGUUUGUAUAAUUUGUAUGAGUUAUGCGAUCAUUUGAUAUAAUCUUUUAAUUUUAAAAGUUGUUUAUAAUUUUAAAGUUUAGUACUUUUAAAAUGCUUUUACAUGGUAAUGAUCGUUUAAAGGAGAUUAAUUUAUUUGAAAGUAAACUGAAGACUGAUUGAAAAUUAUUCGGAAAAUUAAUUUAUUAUUGACCAUGCUUGAAAUUUUUGAAAGUACUCAUGGACAGUUGUGGGAAAGAACUGGAAAAACUUAGAUGUAAUUGCACCACAUAAACAUGCCCGAGAAUUAUGAAGAAGAGCACAUAAAAUAUACACUUUUCCCACAGCGCUUGAGCAUAACUUUGAAUUCCUCUUGAAGUCCAAGAAUUUAAAAUACUUUACGACAUCACCGAAGAUCCAUUCAAUUAAAAAUCUCACUUCACUCAUUGACUUGUUCCAAGCUUUUGGAAGGUCUGUCAGUAACGCCGUGAAAUGGACUCUGAAAGUGAAGUCGGAGAAGAUACGCUGGAUCGCCAUGAAUGCAUAAGGUGCCUCCUCCUGAAGCUGGUUCAACACUUUGGAUCGAGCCAACAUUACGCUGUUGUGCCUUUUACCCUCCACCGGGCCAUAGAGGGUAGCAAUAAGGCCGUUGGGUGUAGCAAUGGACUUAAAUUUCAUUGAAUGUACUUUCAUAGGGCCGUUGUACAUCAUCCGCUCCUUUCUCGCUGAUAAUUUCUGUGAAUGUCUACAAAGGUGGGCGACUUAUCCACGGCUGAUCCAAUCCAACAGCAAAUGUAUCCAGUCAGUGCAAAUGGAAUCCAUCACAGUAUGCGAAAUCAUUCAAAGUUGAGGCUCAGGUAUCGCGAAUCGUGGUAUCAAUUCCACUUACCUGCUCGGGCAGGCAAACCGCCUGAGAAAUAUGUAGAAUGCCUCAGUUGUGUCCAUGUUGACGUCGUUAUAGCAAACAAUCAGGCCUGGAGGGUUCAAUACUUCAGUAAGUUCUUGCAUUCUUUAUCUGUCAUCAUGUCCAGAUUGAAGCGUUCGUGGCUCCAAUAUAGAAUAAAAAGGAUUUUUGGGAGAACUUAACGUUAUAUAGAAACAAGUACUCUGUAUCAUCGAUCAAAUUACGGGCAUAAGCCAUGAGAAUAGUGUCUCUUACUUUUGGCAUGGCAGAUAUUAGCAAGGACGAAAUCGGCAAGACACUCAGUAAACUUUCAAAGGUUCACAAUUGCUGGAAUAAGAAACUCACGGUUUCCAAGAUCUUUUCGUAAUUUUACGUCGACGCCGUCGCCAUAAGGUCUCGGGUGACUGUUUCGAGGUACGCGGAAGUUAAGCGUUAAGUGGACUAUGUCAGAGGAUCGCCUGAUUUCCCAAGGUAUUACUUUACGGAAGAAGGGCUAGGACUUUCAAAAUAAAUUAUUUGUUUCUUAUAUCACUAUCAUGCCUUGCCAACCGGAGCUAUACAGCAGGCGCUUGACCCAUUUUGUGUCGCAAAAGCAACUGGGACUACCCGGUAAGUUAGCUCGUUGGACGUUGGAGGGGAAGAAAAAUAUCUGUAUAAAUUCUAUGCAUGCUCAGCACUCUUAAGUAAGCAAUUUAUACGAUAGGAUCCAACGAGCUUUAGAUAUAGUGGCCUUCCAAGGGUACUUGUUUGUUUUUGGUCUUCAGAGAAAGGUGAUAAAGUGGACGUGGCCUCAAUUGGCAUGUCAGUAGUUUGACACCAUAAGAAGCAUUGAUGAGCUGGAGUCGAGAAUUUUUUCGUUCAAAAGAAGCAGUAAAUAGUUGUUCACUGGAUUACUGACGUCAAGGCGAGCAACCAUGCAAGGUUCAGGCAAGAUGCUAACUGAAGGAACGAACAGGUCCACGACAGAUCAGACGAACAACAAGCAAUGUGAAAAUGAUACAAAAAAGUUUAAUUCACUCUUAAAUCAUUCUUUGGGGAGACAAGUAUAUAAGUAUAUAGGAGUUUACCAAACUAUGGUUUUGAAAAAGGUAACGCUUUCAUAUCAAAUGGGUGUUGUUCUGUGUAAUGGAAAAAAACUUCGCACCUGAACCAAUCCUUGGAAUGGCUUGAGAAAACUCUGGGAAAAUCUCUAAAGUUGGUCGUUGGACAUAAUAACAAGCCGGUAUUAUUAACGCGGUCGCAAUGAUAAAAACUGAAUUUUUAUUGGUGCCUGAGAGAAUGCGGUCAUGUUUUAGGGAGCUCACCAUAUGGCACUAGGUAGAACCGGAGUCUAGCACGCCGGUAAAAAAAGGUGGGGGGAAGUAGGGGACACAACAUCCGAUUUAUGUUCUGUAUCUUAAGCUGCUGUACUAAUUUAUCUUUUCGAACCGCCGUAAGUAGCAGACGACUUUUGCGCUCCGUCAUCGUUCAUAUUAUUACUUCGCUUAAGGCCAGAUAGGCUUGAUUUCCGCCGCUCUAUAGCUGGCCCAGUCUGUGAUCCUCCCCGAUGAGAUACCGCACUUUGCUUGACGCGUUCACCUAGUUUCCAAAGUAACAAAUCAUAUUUAUUUUGUCUUGUUUUCCUUAGUAGUUUGUCCUGUCGGUAAAUGUGCUCACGUUGUGGCUGGGUCAUCCAAUAAUGUUCUGCCAUUAAAAUAUAUUCAAUUGAGAAGAAACUAAUUGAAACGGUAAGUUAACUGCCAAAGAUAAGAAAGACCACAGGGUAUAGACUUAUUUCUUUUUAUAGACCUCAUUGCUCCGGUCUUGGAGCAUUGACAAAUUAAGCAGACCAAAGGUGAUAGCAAUGAACGACCAAAGGACUACUUCUUGUCUGCGACAUGGCGAUGAAUUCGUCAUUUAACCUACUUAGAACUUCAUUCAGGUCCAAUUUCAGCUUGUGAAUCGUAACAUUUGUCCGAAUAUUUCUUGUGAAUGGGUGAUCAAAAUGUAGGGAUCAAUUUGUUUUGUCACUCGGUAUGAGUACGCAAGGAAUUGUGUUUUUCACUAAACUACUCUUUGUAGGAAGUAACAAAACUGAGGUGGUCAAAGGCUGCUUAUACUGUCAUUAACUAGGUCAGUGGAAUGAGUCAACGAUGUCUGGCGGGUAGCAGAAGGGUUGUGAGCUGUUAACUUUUUGACGUCAGUGUAUCAGAAAAACAAAACCUAAUUAAGGGGACCAACGGAAUGGCGAGAGUACCUGUUAAAGAUAAGAAACAUUAAACGGCAUAAACGUAUUUUUGUAUGGUCCUCAUUUCUCCGGUCCUGGGGCAAUGGGCAAUUAAGGGGACCAAAGUGAUCGAAAUUUUUCAACGGAAACGAAAGAUGAAAAGACUAUUUUUUUUGCCCAAAGAACCGACUGAAAAAUGUUUUUUUCUUGACGUACGUUAUCUACACUUUUAAGUGUUGUGAGAAACCAGAUGAUUUGCAUUUUUUGACUGAUCUGUUAAUGACGUAUAAGCCCAACUUCUGGUAGGAUAAGCAUAGCAAAGUUCUUUGAGACCUCCGUUAAAUCAGGAGGUUCUAGGGUGGCUUCUUUGCUCUGCAUUGCCCUGCCGUGUAAUCUUUGGUGAACAUCGGACUGAAUUUUAAAGAUAAGGAAGAUUAAAGGGUAUAAACUUAUUCUUUUGUAUAGUUCCCACUGCUCCGGUCCUUUGGCAAUGAACAGUUAAGGGGACCUAAGGUGACUGAAAUUUAUCAAUGCAUAAGAACAAUGAAAAAUGUUUUUUGGUGACGCGCGUUAUCUCCACCUCUAAGUGUUUUGGGAGAUUCCAAUUUUUUCUGCAUUUUACUAUUGAUUUGUCCAAGACCCAUUAGCUCAAUACUAGUGUGAUAAACAUCGCAAGUUCCUCGAGAAUUAAGUUAAAUCAGGCGCUUCUAGGGUAUAAGCGUAGUCGAAAUGUAAUUACUUUAAAGGUAAGCUAUAGGUCAGUAAGCUUCUUUGUUGCCCUGCCGCAUAGUCUUUGGUGAAAAUUGGAAUAAAUUUAAAGAUAUGUAAGAUUACAGGGUAUAAACUUAUUUAUUUGUAUAGUCCCCGUUACUCCGGUCCUGGUGCAAUGAACAACUAAGGGACUCAGGGUAAUCGAAACUUUCAAAGGAUAAAAAAGAUUGACAAUGUUUUUUCGUGACGCACGCUAUCUCUACUUUUAAGUGUUUUGGCAAAUCCCGAUUGUUUUGCAUUUUCCUACUGAUCUGUUGAUGGCGCAUCAGCCAAAUUAUCAUGAUCAAUUUAUGUGAUGAAAUGAAAGCCCCAAAGGAUUUUUUGAAAAGAAAAGGGAAAGCGGCUUUCUAUUUUGCUUGCGACGGUCCCCAUAAUUUUUACUGCAAGAUAACGAUAUGUCUGCACAUAUGGCAUGAGCAUUUUUGUGAUAGAAAAGACGAGAAACUUAAUGAAAACAACUUAUUUUCCUUUGGUAAGAUAUCUCUUGAAAGGGCUAUAUCGGGUGAAAUAAUCAUCAAAAUGCACGGAUGUGUUUUCUCGUCAUUUUUAGGGUCCCCACAUGGUGGAUUAUGACUUAGGUAAAAUUUCUAGCGCAAAUGUAAUUGUCAUUUUCAAAAUUUUGACCAAAUAAUGGGCUUGUUAGGUGGAGCUUUGCUAAGGAGAGCGAUAUCAUUUCGAUGGAAUCCUGACGCACAAAGAAAGCAACGGAUUCAACAGGAAAUAAAAAUUGGCGGUAAAUUAUUAAAUACACACGCAAAAAAAUAAAAACAGUACAGACUGGCCCAAAAAAACAAAUGUUCAAGACGGCGUAAGUUAACAUGCUACGUUGAUGGAAUAUAUGUAUGAAUUUAGGAGAUAAGAUCUUGCUAGAAGCGGGUGCUCAUCAAAUACACGGGGUAAAGUUAUUGUGAAAAUAUAGCGCCAUAGUUAAUAAGUCCACACGCACUCUGCAAACCAAAUUUCCCGCACAAUUCUGUAACAGAAGUACCAUGGUUAAAGGCUACUUUUCCUCCUAUAAACUAAGUCGGUGCAAUGAGUCAACGUUUACUGGCGGUAAGCAGGAGGGAUGGAAGCUGUUAACUUUUUGACGUUAGUGUUAUGUAUCGAAACAACAAAACCUAAUUAAGGGGAACCUGUUAAAGAUAAGAAACAUUAAACGGCACAAAUUUAUUUUUUGUGUAGUCCCCAUUUCUCUGGUCCUGGGCCAAUGAGCAAUUAAGGGGACCAAAGGUGAUCGAAAUGCGUCCACGGGUAAGAAAGAUGAAAAGACUAUUUUUUUUUUGUCUAAAGAACCGAGUGAAAAAUGUUUUUUCGUGACGUGCGUUAUCUCUACUUUUAAGUGUUGUGACAAAUCCAAAUUUUUUGCAUUUUUUACUGAUCUUUUAACUUGUUUAUUUGUAUAGUCCCCAUUUCUCCGGUCCUGGGGCAAUGAACAAUUAAGAGGACCUAAGGUGAUCGAAAUUUGUCAAUGGAUAAGAAACUAUUUUAAGGUAAGCUAUAAGUCGCUAUGUUCUUAACUUUUAUUUUUCUGUUCUACAUUGUCCCUACCGGAUAAUCUUUGGUGAACAACGGAGCAAAUUUUAACUUGGUCCCCACAUUGUCCGAAGACAAUAUUUUAGUCGUGCAGUGUAACUGAUUGCUGUGAUUAUCAUGAUCAAUUUAUGCAAUGAAAUGAAAGCACCAUGCCUUUUCCGCGGGAAGAAUUGAACCUAGUUUGAGGGAAUUUAUUUAGCUGGUCGUUUCGAAUUGAACGGUUGACUAAGAAAUUAGGGUAAAAUUGCGAAGAGAAAGCGGCUUUCUUUUUUUCUUGCGACGGUCCCCAUAAUUUUUCACUGCAUGAUAACAAAAUGUCUGCACAUGAGGCAUGAGCAGUUUGGUGAUAGGACAGAAACUUAAUGAGAACAACUUAAUGUUUCUUUGGGUCAGAUAUUUAUUGGAAGAGGCUACAUCGGGUGAAAUAAUAAACAAAAUGCUCGGUGGGCAAAGGCUGCUUAUGCUGUCUACUAAGUCAGUGCAAUAAGUAAACGUUUACUGGCGGGUAGCAGAGGGAUACAAGUUGUUAACGUUUUGACUUCAGUGUAAUGUAUCGAAAAACAAAAACCCUAAUUAAGGGGACCCACGGAGUGGUGAGUGAAUCUGUUCAAGAUAGGAAACAUUAGACGGCAUAAAUUUAUUUUUUUUGUAGUUCCCAUUGCUCCGGUCUUGGAGCAACGAACAAUUUAGGGGACCAAAGGUGAUCGAAAUUUGUCAAAGGAUAAGAAAGAUGAAAAGACUAUUUUUUGUCUAAAGAACCGAGUGAAAAUGUUUUUUCGUGACGUGUGUUAUCUCUACUUCUAAGUGUUGUGAUAAAUCCAAAUGUUUUGCAUUUUUUUUACUGAUCUGUUAAUGAAACAUAAGCCCAACUGCCAGUAUGAUAAGCAUAGCAAGUUCCAUGAGACUUCAGUUGCAUCUGGAGUAUAAGCGGAGCCAAAAUGUAACUAUUUUAAAGGUAAGCUAUAAGUCAUCGUUAUGUUCUUCACCUUUCACUUUUCUGUUCUGUUCUGUUGUGUGACAUCGGACCAAAUUUUAACAUGGUCCUCACAUUGUCCAAAGACGAAAUUCUCAGUCGUGCAGUGUUACUGAUUACUGCGAUUAUCAUGAUUAAUUUAUGUGUUGAAGUGAAAGUACCGAGCCUUUUCAACGGAAAAAUUGAACUUAGUCUAAAGGAUUUAAUCUAGUCGCUCGUUUCGAUCAGUCGAUUUAGAAAUUCAGAUAAAAUUGCGAAGAGAGGGCACCUUUUUUUUCCUUGCGAAGGUCCCCAUAAAAUCUGAUGCAUGAUGGUGACGAGUUUGUACAUAAGGCGCGAGCAGUUUAACGAUAGAAAAGGGCAGAAGCUUAAUGAGAACAGUUUAUUGUUUCUUUUGGUAAGAUGUCUAUUGGAAGAGGCUAUGUCGACUCAUAAAAUCGGGUGAAAUGAUAAUUAAAAUGCACGGAUGUGUUUUCUCGUCAUUUAGAGGUCCCCACAUGGUGGGUUAUAUCCAUGGCAAAAUAUUUAAUUAAUUGCGAAAAUAGUAAGACCAAAUAGACUUGACGAUGUUUCCAAACCAUGGACUUGAGAGGUAAAACUUCGCUGAGGGGGCGAAGAAAGUUCCAUGAAAUUGUGUGGCAGAAAGACAGCAACAGAUUCGACAUUAAAAUUGGCGGGUAAUAAUUAAUAACACACGCAAAAAAAAAAAACAGUGCAAAGUGGCUCAAGAACACAAAAUUGCUCAAGGCGGCGUAAGUUAAAUUGUUUCGUUAAUAGGAUUUACGUAUGAAUUUAGGCGAUGAAAUCUUGCUGGAAACUGGUGUUAAUCAAAUACAAGGGUAACUUUUUUUCGUAGAGAUACAGCGCCAUAGUAAGAGUCCCCAUGUGCUCUGCAAACAAAAUUUCCCGCGCAAUCCUGUAAUCUAUUACUGUGCUGAUUAAUUUAUGUGAUGAAGUACAACUGCAUAUCGAACCUUUUAAUGGAGAAACCUGGACGUUAUUUAUCAGAACUUACUUUAAAAAUAAUUUACCGUGUUGGUUUUUAGCUGAAAAUCUACUUCAAAUUCGGGGGAUUUGUUAAAAAAAAAAAAAAACGGAAUUUUUUUUUCUUGUGCGGGAAUGGCCAUAUUAUUUAGUAUGAGUUCAUAACAUGUUUGCGCGGUCUUAGGUUGCUAAUAUUCUCUGUGCUGCAAUAUGACCCUCAAGAUAAUUUUUUUGCGAUGAUAGCGACCUAAGGUGCCCACACGGUCUGUACACAAAAUCGUUUGUCAUGCUGUUACUGGUUGUUCGUUGUUGUUAUUGUCAUGAUGAAAUUAUAGGAUAAAUUUGAAGCUAUCGAAUUAUUUUUUUUUUAAAUAAUGAACUUAAUUUACCAGAAUUUGCCGCACAGAAAGUUACUUAGUUGGUCGAGUAAGAAAUUUGGGUAAAAUUGAGACGAAAAGACGGAUUUAUCUAUUUGAGAAAGUCCCCGUUCUUAAUCACUGAUCACUCGGCGAAAAGUGUAAAUACGAUGAUCACAAUGUUUACCAAAUAUAAAUUUAAGGGUUAAAACUUUGCUAAGGAGAGCGAGAGCAUUUCAAUGGAAUCGUGUGGGGGAAAGUGACCAAGAAAUUUGACAGGGAAUAAAUUGGCGGGAAAUUAAUGAGGGGCCAAAAAUUGAUCUGUACAAAUCGGCCCAAGGACGCAAAAUUUCUCAAGACGGCGUAAGUAAAACGUUCCUUUGAUGUGAUUUAUUUGUGAAUUAAGUUAAUGAAGCCUUGCUGGAAAACGGGCGCCAAUUGGGGUAAUCUUUUUGUGGAUAUAGCGCCAUAGUAAUUCACAGAGUCCCCUCAUAAUCUAAAAAUAAAAUUACCCGCGUUAUCUUAUCACCUUUUACUAUGAUUAUGAAUUUAUGCGAUGAAGUGCAGCUUUGUAGAACACUGAAGUUUAUUUUAAAAAUUUGUCUGUUGUGUUCGAGUGAAAAAAGGGCUCAAACAACUUGCCAUCUUUUAGGAAAAGCAAAGGAACGGUAAAUUCAUUGGACAAAUGUUUGCUACUUUUUUUUUUUUUAAUUGGAAAAAUUUACAAAAUGUACGUGAAUAGGGCGUUUGUUGUCUUUUGCCCGGCCCGCGAGAAAGAAACGUCUGCUGCUAUUUGCUAAGGGAAGGUCAGAAUCAUGCGGAUCACAGUAGAGAUUUUGUCACUACCGGGAAAGAUUCAUGAAACUGUUGCAACAUUUCCAUAUAUGAUUUUAAAGUUGGCGUAAGCCCGUUUUUGGGGAUUUUUGGAGGAAAAGGGCGGCCUUUUCAGAUUUAAGAAAUCAAAAGAAUGCGUCCUUCGGAAUACUCCACAGCUUAAAAAAUGGUGUAAAUUUAUUGAUCUUAAAAAUUUUGUGGUUAUGUAUUUUUUAUCAGUUUGUUUAUUUAUUUGGUAGCAGUCCUUUACAACAAAGAAUGACCGAGGGAGGUACAUCGGUUUUGUCAGACUCUCAGAUCCCCAACUGAAGGCAAUUCAAUGUACUUUACAGUUACCCCGCAUAUAGGUGACAUGGAACUGCAACAAAACUCCUUCUUCCUCUUAGUCCAAGAUCAUUAGACUACAAUCCCUUUCAGACUCUAUUUUAUGCUAAACUUCCUCGUACAUCUUAUUGUGUCCAGGGAAAAACUGUUCGACUAAAAUCGUAGCCAAAGGUAAUAUGUGUGACACAGAUAGAGCAAACAAAAGAGAACAAUACCAAAAAACAAUAUUAUUAGAAUGGUUUAGACGAAGAGGGUCAGCUUUAGAAAAUUGGAACGCUUUGGAAAUUACUAGUAGACCAUGGAAAGGCAAUUACAUUACUUUUCUUGCUAGCUAAAAAAUAGGCAGCCUAACCUUGCAUGUGGCCACUGAUAUAGUAUGACUUUUAUAGCAUUGAAGAUAACUACGGGGUUGUAUCAUGAUGCUAGAAGGUAGUGUUGCAGAAAAUUUCCAUUCACAUGUAAAACAGUAAACUGCCGUAACCCACGUAUCUAUGAGUACCCUGUUUGUGGAGAGAAAGAUGAUUCGCGAAUAUAGUGAUUGACUGACAUUCAGGCAAUAACUAAAUGGUAACAAAUAAUCAUAAUAAAGAUAAUAAUAACGGUAAAUUUAUAGGGGCUAGCUCGAGAACCUAACUGUUUUAUCUCUAACCCUUUAACUCCCAGAAGUGAUCAACAUGAAAUUUCUCCCGAUAAUGUCCUUAUAUUAUCUUGCAAACAGCUCAUGAGAAUAUUCAAACUUAUCAGGUAGAAGUUGUUGUCCUGAUCUAACACCAAAUUCUCACAACAUAUUUGCAAGGAUAUGUGUAGCAGCUAGAAGGGAGAAUUACCAAUCAGAUCUUGGGAGUUAAGGGGUUAAGGCUAAGAGUGAUUAACUCAUUUACAGCUACUUACUCAUUUCGAUCAUAUAUAUGGCUUUGCCUCCCACAGGAGGAAGUAGCCACAAAAAGGGAAGCAAAAUGAUCAACGGAUUUGGUAUAAUUUUGUUUUAAGGGUGAGGUGUGUUCCAACAGAGAAGUUUUCAAAGGGUGAUCUCCCUCUUUAAUAUAAAGGGGAACUUGUCUCAGAGGAUGAAGGUUAUCAAAGAGAAGAUUUGCAUGUGGAAGAACUAAGAAGCUUUCUCUUUUUUUUAAGGAUGGAUUCAAGUGUUUACGGUAAGUUAUUUUAAUUAUAAUACAGUAAAACGUCACUAACCGUAAGCGCUAAGUUAAACAAAAAGAUUUUAAGGUAGUGGGGAGGCUGUCCUAAGACUACUGUACACAAAUCGACCUGAAUGAAUUCAAAUAGGCUUCAUGAGAUUGUUAAUCACUGAUACUGAAAUACAUACUAUUUUGUGUGUAAUGUGCUUCAUGAUUUGUCAUCAUUUACUCCAAAUGAAAUAAAAUUACCAUCAAAAUAUAUGGUACUUUUUUUGCACUUUUUUGGCUUUAUCAUGAGUUGCAUUUAAGUUUCAUUGUAAAUAAAGUAGUUGUGUAAUUUUAGAUGGGCUUGGUCUGCGCCACACAACCGAAGGAAGAACUGAAACUAAGUCAUCAAACCUUACACUACACUUUUACAAGGAACAAAUUGAGACUGCUCUUUUCCAAUUAUAACUUUGAUUUUUGUGGAUUUUCUAGCCUUGAUGCAACAUUCUCUGCUGGACUUGGAAGACUAAAAAACGAUAAUCCAUUAAAUAAAGCAAAUGAGAAAGAUUAACGGUGAAGACAAAGUGUGCCUUGCCCUUUGUGGACUUCGGAACGGUGAAGGUCUACACUGUGACCAUGAAGUUAGAGAUCUUCCCUGGCGAAAGCUAAAAGGUAUUGCAACCUAACCAUUAAUAACUUGUUUUGGGAGACUUGUGUCAUACUUAACAGAACUGCAGCAACUCUUUUCUUUGCUUGUGUUUCAGUGUAAUGGACCCCAUGAGCUAUCAGGGUGUUUGCCCCAUCUCUUCUAAAGAUAAUUUCGUUUUUUUUUUUCUUGUUUUGUUUUGUUUUGUUUUGUUUUUUUUUAGGGGAACAUUCAUAGCCCUUAGGAUAAAAAAUUAUAACAUUUAAUUCUCCAUUCCAGAAUUAGAUUUACUCAAAUGCAAACCGUUUCAGUCCUGUUAUGAUUACGUAUAUUAAUCUCUCUUAACAUGAAUAUUGCAAAUACCAUACAAUCUGUCUAGAUAUCAUGACAACUCAUACCGUCCUUGGUCAAAACAAUCUAAAAGUUAUUUUUUUUAAUAAUACUUCAAAUGAUGACGACAAUGAUUAUGAUGAUGGCUCCAAUUAUUCAUUCCUGGUUUCACACAAAUUAGCAAAGCUCUACACAUUUCUUUUUCUUAACCACUUAGGUAAUGAGAGCAAGGCAGAUGGACUAAAGAAUGGGACAGUAAGGUGCAACACAAAAAAGAAGAAAAUAUGAACAAGGGCAACAGCAGUCCUGACAAUGAUGAAAGUUUCCACAUAGAUGUAACAACAAAUUCUGAAGAGAUUUACUCCCUGAAUCAGAUCAAUGACUGUCUAUUUACAGACUCCUUGGAAACUGGUAUGUACAUACACACACCCUCUAUUAUAUUUCCCUUACACUCUGAGCCCAUCAAUUCUUAGGGCUCUUUGGAAAAUGAAAGAUAUUUUUGAUGUUACAGAAAUAGUUUUCCAAUAUUAAAUCCCCACUGAGUUUUUGCAAGUGGCUUUUGCCAUUUCAAAUGUCUUCAUAAAUAUCAUUAUACAUUCUCUUCCAACGUCAAAGGUAAGUUGCAACCAAACAAAAGCCUUAAAAAUCAUAAAACAAUGAACUAUUACUACCACGGCUAAAAAGUAAAACAGUGGUGUAAGAAAAGUGCAAGAAAAGGGGAGGAGGAAAAGCAAAAGGUGUAAGACUGCUUUUUGUGCAUAACCAAACUGCGGAAGCUUAUGAUUUGCAUCUGAAAGAACAGUAUCUAUAAACGGUGUUUUGGACAAUUUCGCUCUUCAGACCCUCAAAGUGACUAAAAGAAACGGUUUGAAUAGCUUCGAAAGACAUUCUCAGACAAAACUCCCAGGAACUAAUGCAUCAAAAGAUGGUGGUUUUGACAUAGAAGAGUUGAAGUUAUUAAAUGAAGUUUGGCUCUACUAAGAAAUAAUGAUUAUCACAAAACAAGAAAAAAAACUGUUACAUUCCUUUUUCUUAACUAUGUAGUUAAUGAAGGUAAGAUGCCAGUAAAAGAUGGCAAAGUUGAGAGUAAGGUGCAACGCAACAAAGAACAAAAUAUGAACGAGAGCAACAACAUGGCUGAUGUUGAUGAACAAUUCCAGAUAAAUAUCAUAACAACUAAGGAUGUUUCCUCCAUGAAUCGGAAUAACUAAAUAUCUGCAGACUCCUUGCAGCAAUUUCACGAGUGGAAACUUGGGUUGAGUGAUAAGGAAUGCUGGGUAAACGAUGAAGCGAAUUACAAAGCAAUCGAAUAAUUAGAAUCUCUGCCUUUCAAUUUGGCUUAAUUUAAAGAUAGUCACUAAAUUUAUAUUGAUAGCCACAUAUUAAGCAAUUACCUGACAUAUUUUGAAGGAAAAGGAACUUGUUAUGCUGAAAUAAGCGACCACUUGCCACACAGGUCUAUCAGAGAGUAUCAUUUUACGAAAUGGCAUUGUAAGGGAGAUACAAACUGGAAAGAAACAUCUAACAAGUACAAUAACACAAUUAGUGAUCAAUCCUUAACUACUCAGAUUUAUUUUAUUGACUGGUUGGAUUGUUUUAAUUUGGAGUGAUUUUUGUCUGGCCCGUAUCUUGAACAAUAUGAUCAUCUCUUAAUCUGGCCAUUCAGUUCCACAGUAGUUGUCCUUGCUCAACCAACGUUGCCAUUUUGUAUAACUGCUUCAGUAAAAUUUCCACAGACAGGUCAUGUUCUACUCUCACUUACUUACACUUUUGUAUACUGAACUGAUCAUGCUCCCUUAUUGCAAAGAAUUUCUGUAAGGGGGGGUUUCCAAAUCCUUUUUCGGGUUGAGUUGUUCAAAGCUAGGUUUAGAUAAUCCAGGCUUAGUGUGAAAUCUGGUUCCAGAUCUGAAAGCUUUAAAUGAAAAUUCAAUACAAUUCUUUUUGUCUCCAAUUUAAAAAUUGGAUGCUAUGAAAAGAAAAGAGAAGAUUAUCCAAAAAAGGCUUUUGAAAGAAGGAACAAAGAAGCUUGAUAAAAAUUUGAUCCUGGGUUAAUGCUUAUUGGCCUUUGAACAACUGGGCCUAGGAAUCUCUCAUCAACUUCUUUUUUUUUCCCACUGGGGCAUAUAUAUUUAUAAUGCUUUCCUAACUUAGAAGUUUCAAGUUAUAGUAAUUAAGCUUUUUUUAUUUGUUCCAGUUUUGCCAUAAACAAGACUUUCAGCAUAACUCACUAUUUUUCCUCUUGAAUUCAAAGGGGAAAGAAAUCUACAUCUCCAGUUCCUUCUUCUUACAACGGUGGAAUAAUGCAUCGCAGAGCAAUGCACCUGAAAAAGUCCUUCAUUCUGUGUCAGGUAAUAAUGAUUAUUAUGAUAAUAAUACUUUUAAACAUGCUUAUAACAUAGCAUGCUUGCCCUAUCUUAGUCCAAACCUUAUUUAAGUCGUAUUUUCAUCUCCUACUUCAACAAAGUCUCCAGUUAUCAAGGAAAAUGUCAUGAAAAUUCUGGAAUUGAGCUUCUUUAAGACACUCAAACUGACUGACCAAAAACAUUGCCUGACAACAACAAUGAAACCAGGAAGGGUAGAUCUAACUGGUGGCUAAAUCUGUGGAAUGAUAAUAUUAUGAUUGCAAAAAUGUACUAUAAUGUUAAAGAGUCUCAUGCUGUUGCAUCGAUACUUUUUUGGUUUUUCCUUUUUUUUUGGUUCUUUAUUUUUUUUUGCCUAUUUUAGCUUUCUAAUUUCUAAAUUAAAUCCGGAAAGUCAUUCUUUUUAGCCUUGCCCCCUUCUCCUUGGUAUUUUCAUCAACCCUGACUGGGUAACACAUUGCAAAUCCUGAUGUCAUGAUAUCACAAUUACAGCAAAGACAGUGAGAACAUUUUAUGAAGUCUUCAAAAUGUUCAGCAUAAUGACGUGUUUUUCUGAUGCUAAUAAUGCCUUUUUGGGCCAUUAAAAGAAAAUAUUUCUGUUUCAUUUUUAUAUUUUAAUACCUUGGGGGAAUUUCUAUAAUUUGAGUUUGUAAAAUAUUGUUUGAGUAAACGUAAUUUAUGUUUUAAUUAUCAUAUUUUUAAAACAGAUCAGGCAUAGUUGAGAUUCGUAGUAAGUGGGGCAGGACUGUAACAGUAAUUUUGACACCUGAGGUGAAAAACAGCAUCGACCUCCUCAACAAGACAAGGAAAGCCGUGGGUAUUCCAGAUGAAAAUCCAUUUAAUAGUUGCUAGGUCAAAUAGACAGUCAAAUUUGCUAUGGAAGGCGGCCCACCUCUGUGAAACCUUACAGAGAUAGCCAGUACCAAACUCAGAAAGUAUAUGGCAACCAUUUCCCAAGUAGUCUCUCUCAAAAGAACAGAGGUAUACCGACUAAGCAAGACACCUUGGUCAUGAAAUCCAAGUGCAUGGAGACUUCUACUGUCUUCACGAAUCUGCAGUUGAAAUUUCCAAAGUGAGCAAGCUUCUUCUUACAGUCGGUCAAGGUGAAACAAGAAAGUUCAAAAGGAAAACACUGGCGGAAAAUGACUGAAAUGGUGAGUACAAGAUUGUAGGUGGUUUCAAUUUCAUAACUAAUUUCUCUUGUUCUUCUGUCUAUAUUGUUCUUGAGAGCCAUAAACUACACAUUUUUUUUUGUUCUUCACAAACACGUUUAAGGCGCUAACUAUGUUAAAAAAAGAGAGGAAAGAUCGGUCACUUACCAAGUUGAACUACACUAGGAAGUGAUCCUAGACCGUUUCAUGCUUAGCUGCCAACCUCGUCCCAGGGUACAUCGGUCACUUUUUCAAAGUGGCGGCCACGCGUUCGUAGAUUCCCGUGCAUGAGGGGAUAUGCAUGCUAAAACAAUUACUUAUGGGGACUACCAGCCUUACUUAUGGGGACAUUCUAAAACAACUAGUUAUGGGAAUUACUUGCCAUUCUUAAAGAGCUUAUGACACGAAUUUUUUUGCGUAAAUAUUUAGCUUAUCAUAUGUAGAAACCAAUUCCGAUUGAAGAAUAGUCCCAGACUUAAAACUCGGUUUUUUUCGGGCCCUAAAGUGCUUUUGUCUUAAAAGUGUCCCGUGGACUGGUAACGAAUUAGCGGCUGAUGACGUAGAAAACUGUGAAAACUCUCAGUCUACACCAAAAUACCUUUCACAUCUCUUGCAAUUUUGUAUAAGUCAGCGCUGAAAUGAUUUUGAAAUAACGACCGAUAGCGAUGUCUACCUACCUUAAGUAAGCUCUACCGAGAGUUGUAAUACACCGUACUCAAGUUAUAAAGAAGAAAUGAAAGUUGCGAGUACGGUUCAGCCCUAAGAAGGAGAACCGCGCUGCAUUAAACGAAGAUUUAUACGAAGACUGACAAAGGCGGUUUCCCGCUUGCAUUGUUUAGGUCAAGAUUAGAACAAAAAUUCCCGUUACUGAAUGUCUAGUUUGCUGCGCUUGUGUUUUGUGGAUACCUCUGUUCGUUUCUGUUGCAAUAGCAUUGUUAGUGAGUGUUUCCAUCCGACAGAUGCCAGUAGGUAAUUUAUGACCGGCCCGGUAACAAGAGAGCCUACGCCACCUCCACAUGAUGCAAUCCCAUUGGCAAGCGCCUUCUAUUAAAGUAUUCACCCAGGAGAACGGUAGACGACACAUAGGAGAAACUAGAACCCACUCCCCAUACAAGUCCGUAGGUCACAUACAUUUUAUGAGCUUCUUGUAUGAAGGAGGUCAGGAACAACCCUGGGACGGAUAGUAGCGCACCAGCAAAGGACACAACACGGCAUCCAAGACGAUCACACAAUGCACUUGAUAUAAGACCAAAAAAAAAAAUUAGAACCCAUGGCCAUGGCGCCAAUCCACGCUGUGAAAAGAAAUCAAUAAUAUGAUCUCCAUGUAUAAAGAAACAUGUCAUUCUUUUUGUCACGGGCGUGAAGCAGAAGCAAAUUUUUUAAAUGCGGCAACGACUGUUUUACAUCCGUUUCAUGACCAAUAUUAUUAGGUUCCUCUCGGUCAGUGCUCUAGUGUUUCGUUGCUGUAGAGAAAUUCCCUUGGUAAACCAAAAGCUAACUUUUGAAGAAAGAAUCAGUUGUAUCACGAGGCACGAUGAUUUUCCACCGAAGGGUAAUCGAGCAGUUCUACUGCAAGUUGCUCCUUCUCCCAUAGAUUGCAAAGGCAGAAGCCAUGGUCACGGUCGUCGAGCCGGUCAAACCGAAAGGAAAACGAGUGAGUUUAUAGUCAUCUGAUUCAAGUUAAUCUCAUAUAGGCAUUUUAAUAGAAAAAAAACCUUAUUUAUUUUAAGUGCAGCAUUGCCAUAUGACCCAUUCCGCACAAAGGAAAUAACGGACAUCAGUAUUAUUAAUGAAUAUUUCGUACGCAUCGACUUUCAUACGGCACUUGAAUUCGUUACUAUCUAAUUCAAUAAAAUUUGUGUUUCCUUAUUUAUAUCGUUGUGGUGCUGUUAUCCCAAUGAAAUUGCUAAUAUUGCUACUUUUGGUUUCUUGAGGGUAGGGGGGAAUUGAUAGCUCGUCAGAUGGAUUUUCGGAAACCUAGGUUAGGAGAAUACACGGCCCCUUUAAGCUUGUUUUUAUGCCAUUAUCCGUCAGAGGUUGCACACUGUUCACGCAACAGGAUAUCGGUCAGCUCAGGAAAGGGCUUGAACUUCAUUACAAUUGAUGUAAAUCUUUUAUCAAAAUACGAUGGAAGCUACAAUUGGUAUGAUAUUCAUACGAUAAGAAAAGCGCAAAUGUAGUCAUGUGGAAAGACAAAAAGAGUGAGUACAUCUCAAGCGCGUGAAAUAAACAUCAAGAAGGAGCUCACCAUUUUUCAUUUGCGAAAUGUCAGCCGGAAAGAAUGUUGAACAAUCGUGUAUAGUGUGGAAACAGGGCCCUUAAUCAGCAUUCGUUUUAGCUGAAUUCAUCGGUUAUCUUACCCUGAUUUGUGGUAUGUGUUCGCAACAGGCGUCUUCGAAGCCGGUACGGAGAAUAAGGCCGACGAAAUUAAAGAGUAGAAUCUCCUCGAUGUCGACGAUCGAAAGCGUCCAUUUUGGCCAUACAGCUACAUCAUUUGGAAAGUCGUGUAUAUAAUUGCCCGGUUUAUGUGUAUUAUUCUUGUAGCGAAAAUCAUUGGGCGCUCCAGCCACGCACUAUGUUCGUCCUCUCUAUUAUAUUUCUCCUUUCUCCACCAUAAUUGCUUACGCGUCUUCACAGUUUUCUACGUCACAGCUAUAUAACAUGAUUUUGGCCGCUCGCUUAGUGGCGACACUUUUGGCCGCCAAAUCGUACUUCCAAUGGACAAAAAAAAUUGGUCAAGGAGAACUCGCUAAGCGCUAUGGUUAAUGAUCUCUAAUUUUAAAUACAGCUAUCAACCAGAAAAUGCAAAAUAAAAAAUUUCAAAAUUUCGUGUCAUAGGCACUUUAAAGGGAAAAGCUCUACAUAGCUACUAAUGUGGACUACUUGCCGUACUUAUGGUGACAUGCUAACACACAACUACUUAUGGGGACUACUUUCCAUUCUUGUGGCGACAUGCUAAUACACAGUUACUUACGGGGACUACUUGCAAAGAAAUUAACCCUCCCCCUUCCCCCCUUCCCUCCCCGAAAAACGCAGCAGUCACAUGGACAUGGAAAAUGUGGACCGGGGAAUGUCAAAGUCAAAGAGUAAGUAGAGAAAAUGUUAUAAUUAUAAGAGGAGUAAGUUUUAGCUGAAAGCUUACUUGUUAUGCUUAUUUUGAUUUUCUUUACAGAGUAAGAUGCCCAUGUUUUAUGUACAGAAGAAGAGAAGGAGGCAGUUUUUUAAGCACCCUAGUUCAUUUGUCAGAGAAAGACGCUUUACAGGGGAAAAAUUGGACUGUAAGAACUGUAUUUUAAAAGCAAAUGGUGCAUUAGAUGGUAGGGACUGGCAUGCUGUUAAAUAUUUUGUUAAGAAUCAUAUUGACAUUGGAGAAAGAGGGUUCUUGCCGCUAAAAAUGGCUAAGUGAACUGAUCUUUCCCCACCCUUAAUGACAACCCUUAAUACCUUGCUAAAAUUCAACCUCAAUAGCUGCAAGGACAACAAAAACAGUAAUUCAUGAUAAUUAAGGGUAUUUUGCUGUUUCCAAACAUCUCCAAUAUUUUUAAAAAAACUUAUCGUCAUAGUUUGCGUGGAUACCCUGUGAUUCAACGACAAAUAGAAUAUGUUAAAUUCUACCAUAAAUUUUUGGAUAUAGGCCAAUCCCAAAAUACCCCCCCCCCAAAGUGUAAGCCACCAAUCCUCCAUUAAAUUGGCUUUGUCAAGUGUAAAAUGAUAUAAACUGUAGUAUUGACAUCAAAACUUUUAAAAGUCUUAGAAUCAAUAUGUUAUCCACUUGUAAUUCCAACUCAAAAUUUUAUAAUUGGACAAAAUUUAAAAAUAAGCUACCUUAAAAAUAGGAUUUUAGGGUUGUGUCCAGAAUUUUUACAUUAUUUCGACUUUCUCAAAUUCAGUCAUUGAUAACUAUGGAGGUAGAUUUCAGUAUUACACAAACUAAGAGUGCUCUAUUUAGCUCUUGAUUGGAGUAUUAAGAUAUAACCAAUUGAAAGGGUUUGGCAUCACAUAUUUAACUUUGUCAAACAAUGACGUUAUUAAGAAAACUAAACUUUUAGAAUUGUAUUUUAAAAGCAAAUGGUGCAUUUAGUGCAACACUUGCUUUUUAAAAUACAAACAACUUAAGGACCGGCAUGCUGUUUAAUACUUUUUGAAAAAUCAGAUCGACAAGAAAAAGCAGGUUCUUGCCCCUAAGUAUAACUAAUAGAAUCGUUCUGUUUUUGUUAUCUCAAAGUAUAACUAAUCCUGUGCAGGGUAACCUACUGUUUUGCCAAACUCUUCCAAUCUCAGGGCUGUCACAAAGAUCUCAAGUUUCUGGGUAACUACAGAAAGAAGGCAGGAAAUUAAGCAGCUAGGGAUUUCCUUUUUGGUUCUAUUUUUAUUCUAUCCUCUAUGAAACUCCCUGGUCCCCUGCCCGUAAUGACUACCCUGUUACCUUGCUAAAAUUUCACCCCAAGAGCUGCAAGGACAACAAAAUACAACUGAGAUAAUUAGUAUAUUCGCUAUGUUGUUGGACAUAAUUGCUAACAUUAAGAUAGUUAAGGGUGUUUUGCUUUUGCAUUUCCCAAUAUUUAAAAAAUAUUACUUAUAGUCAAAGUUUGUGUGGGUCUCCUGAUUCAAAGGCAAAUAGUAUGUUCCAGUUGCCUCAAUUUUCUUCAAAAGUAAUAGAGCUUCCCUUUAUUUUAUCAAUCAUUUUAAAAAGUUUCUGUAGAUUCUCAUCACGUAAUCACUGUUACCGAAGGUGAGCCCUACCAAGACUUCUUAUAAAUACUCCUGCGCUUACAGUUUUAGUGAAUUGUAUAAUCCGCCAGGAUCUAAGGCUCCUGCAAAUGUUUGGGUUAUACUGUUAUAAAAACACACCCUGAACAUUUGGAUAUAAGCCUAUAUUAAAGUACCCAACCUCAAUAUAAGCUACCAAAUUCUCAAAUCUAUACAUCCUGAUAGUAAGCUCUGUAGACCUUACAUACCCGCCAAUAUUCUUAAUAUGACUAAACAGAAUUUUUUUUUUAUCCAUAUCAUUACUGUUUGGUUAAAGGGUGUAGUUUCAGCCAGUAUUGCAUUGUAGCUUGUAACCACUGAUCCGGCCUUGUUAAGUUAUAAAUAUACAAUGCAGUAUUGUUAUAUGUAUUUUGCAAAAUAUUAGAAGCAAUUUGCCAUCCAUUUGUAGGCCUAACUAGUUUUUAAUUGGUCAACAUCUUCUUUACAACAAAAAGCUCCUAAUUAUGAGCUCAGGGUUAUAUCCAGAAUUUUUACCGUUUUUAAGUCUCUUACACUUGAUCAUUGAUAAUUCCAGAGGUGGAUUUUAAUAUACACUAACUAAGAGUGCUUCAUUUCUGGAGUGUAAGCAAAACCAAUGAGAGAGUUUUGCAUAAUGAUUUUAACAAAAAAAUUUAUAACUACAGUGGUUGAAUUGAACUGUUAUUGAUCAAGCAUUGUGAAACCAACAUCAGAGGGUUGUGCAACCAAACUACGUCUUAAGUUAAAUUUUAGUAGCCAUUAGCAUACAAUUUUAUGGCCAAUCUCACUAAAAAGAUGUCUGCAACAUGGGAUGCAGAAUAUCUGCUCUACUCACUAGUGAGUGGCUUUGGUUGAUAACUCUCCUGUGACAGUUAAAUAGACAUCGCUGCUUAAAAUUAUAUUAAAGUGUUACAGUUCCAUUAACUUCAAACUUCUCUUGCCUUCUUUUUUUGUGAAAAGCCACCUGAAGUUCCAAGAUUAUGAGGAGGGCUUACCAGUCUGGCUUUUAUAUAUGUUACGUGUAGGAUGGAAGCCAAUAUUAAUUAAGUUCCAAGUACUAGAUCCUUUUUUUUCUUUUAUAAGAACCUUUUUUAAUAGGAACGUUUAGGCUGAGAUUAGCCCAAAUUUUUAAAACAUUCUUAGAACAUACCCAGGCUGAGAGUCAGUUGAGAACUUUUUCAUUUUGCUCAUCUUUUUUAUCUUUUUUUUUAUGAGAAGAAUAAAUAAAGGCAAAAGAAAUGUUAAACUGUGGUCAAACAGGACAAUAAACUCAAAUACUUAAGAAUGCGGUUUUUACUGUUGUACGAUAAACUGAAGAACAACUCAUAUUGUGGUCGAAUUUAGUCCGUAAUAAUAAAACUUUCAGAACAUCUUAAGAACGUUUUCAGACUCAAAUUGCAUAAAAAAGAACGUUCAACCUCAGCCCCCAAAUUAGACGUUAAAAAAAAGGGUGUGUUACCAAAAUGGAACCCAUUGUAGUGCUCAACUUGUAUUUGUCAAGUAUUGCCUUUCCUCCAGUUGGCCAAUAUCAUGGGUUUUUCAUACACCAAACUGAAAAGCCAUCUCUUAAUCAAAGAAGCCGAAUUCAGAAAGCUUUUACAAUAAAUAUUUUUGUGCCCUUUUCCUAAAAUCAUUACUGUCGAGUUGGUGUUAUUGAAAGCGUGACAGUUGGACUUUUGUUGUAAACAUUACAGGAUUCGAGUUAUAUCAACUGUCUCUUGCCUUCUUCACAGAAAGAUACCCGCAGGUUUGAGUUUCGAAUUUGAUUCGGUCUUUCCUGCAAAGAGUAUUUUAUCCCAAAUUGAAGGGUCACUUUUGAGAUUUUUUCAGUUGGGCUUCCUUAAGUCGCAGUCAUCCUUCAUUGUAGGCAUGCUAUGCAUGCAAAAGUUAUUUCUUUGGAUGGAUAAGCUCAGGUGGGACACUAAUUGACUGACGUUUUCAUUUUUUGUAAAAGAGAAAAAGUGUUAACUUCAAAAGAUUCCGACAAAAAUUUCUUUCAUUAAAGAGCAAAAAAGACCCAUUCAAUUUACCUGAAAUGAAUUUAGACACAGGUGUUUUUCUGGUCUAUUGUCACUGGUGUCUGAAUAGUUUUAAGCAACACUAAACUCCAUUGGUGUCACACUUGCGGUAGUCUCCGUCGCAGCCGUUGUUUAGUCUCGCCACGCAGUGCAGUCUCUCUCCCAUUGCAAGACCAAACAACGACUGCAAAGGCGAUUACGCUAACGGGCCUUCAUUAUUAGUAUUAAUCACGAGGGUUUUCUUCCGCUGCAGGAAAGUACCAGGCCUUCAGCAAAACUUCUUCGCCUUCUCCAGCAAAAGGAGAGGUGGUCCUCAUAAGAGGGGUGUGGAAACAGAGACCCCACAAGUUAGGUAAGUAUGUCCUCACAAGUCUUAUAUUAAAAGUAGUACCCACAAGUAGGCAAAGUUGAGUAAUGGACAGGUCCCCAUAAGGAAGUCCCCACAAGAAAAAUUGAAAUUUCCUCAAUUCUAAUCAAGUGUAUAAAGAGUAAGGCAAACAAGCUAUCAAACAUCGUAGUUUUUAUUUUGAUACUGCCAGCAGAAGGGGGGGUCCCCGCAAGCGGUGUGUGUAAACACAGUCCUCACAAGUUGCCAAAGGUGCGUAUGUGUGUGUGUGUGUGUGUGUGUGUGUGUGUGUGUGUGUGUCAGUCUAGUUUUUUGUAGCUUCAAGUUGUUGUCGUUGUCGUUCGUUUUUUGCAUUUUUUAUUUCAACCAGCGAUUUUUAAGUUCCUUGUAUUUGCUUUAAUCUUCUUCGUCAUUAUCCAUCCAACAAGCGCAAGUAGAAUAAUUGUAUCAUUAAAAACGCCCCAAAAUAUAGAUAAAUCUUCCUAAUUUGCUUUAUUGUUUCCUCAGAGAUACUUUUUUAGCUCCGUUUUAAUUUUGAGCAUGGCAUAUUGGCUCAUAAACCAUGACAGCUAAGCCAAUGAAAACUCUUGAAUUGCAUUAUCCAAUGUGUUUUAAAUAAAAUAUCACCCGCAAUCAGACAUCUUCACCUGACUUUUUCUUACCUACUAGACCAUCUAAUGGCGGGGAAUCCUGCGUGGGAGAAAGCAAGGAAUGGAAAAUUUGUAACUCGCAGGUUAGUCCGGAAAAUCGCCCACAAAUAAAAGAGGUUUAAUUUGGAAUAAGAGCGACUCUGCCUAAGUGAUUGUAACGGUGACACCUUCGGAUUGAGUACACAUAAUUAUUUAUUGGAGAAGUAUCCUCAACUUGAGUUUAAUUUUUAUGUGUCAUGACUCUGACGGCGUUUUGCAAUUCCAAAGAGUUAACGUACCCUUUCGAAAAUUGUAUUCAAAUGUUACUAAACUUUGAGCACGGAUGCCGACAUUUUGAAUUUUGUGUAUCACUAUUGCCGGUUACCGUUGUCCCAGGGCAAGUCUCAAACCUCUUUUGAUAUCUGUGUAAACAGUUGGAAGUCACGCAAAUAAGCAUUCUUGACUCAAAUUAUAAGUAAUGAUUUUUAUUUCUUCGAUACCAGCGUGACGUAGCUGAGUUGUUUUCAAAAUGGUGGCAUCUCUAGACGAAAUUUUAGCACAUUUAAUGAUAAAGCGAAUCUUGAGAAUCUCAAAUCUCGUAGGGAGUACAUUUUCAUACUUUAAAUUAGCUGAGAUAAAGUCUUAAUUGGGUCAGAACCGUAUUUCUUCUUUAAUCAAGCAAGAGAGAAGAAUGCUAGGCGAAGGAGUCUCCCAGACUGAUACCGAUACAAUCCCUAUACUGUUAUUUUAAGACUCCACAUUAGUUAACAAAAAGAGAGGCCUUGAAUGUGCUCUGUUCUGUUGUAAAGCACGCAGAAAGCGGCUAGAGUACGAAAGAAGUGUAGGGAGAAACAAGAGACGCAGUUUCUCACAACUUUGGUUUAUAAUUAAGAAUCCGUUCAAUUCCCCACGCACUAAUCUAUACUCCCUUUUAAAAUGUUCCGAGAAAUACACGCGCCGUGAUUGGUCAGAACGAGUUCGAGGUACGAGCGCGCGCAAUUCACGAUACAUUUUAUAACAGAAAUAAAAAAUUUGUUCCUCGAGCAUUCAUCCAUCCAAAAAUCUCCGUGUGCUUAUCUAAGUCAACAAUAUAUUCGGCGCGUUUUUUACUUCUUUAAUAAAGCACGCGGCAAUAAGCCAAUCAGAAUCCUUGUUAGAAUGGUUCAAAUGAUCUGAUUGGUUGAACAAGACUAAAGCUGUCAAAAAUGUUAAACUAUCUGCAGUAGUUUACAAACUGAAAUAGUUCGGCAAGUCGAAUUCAACACUUUCCCUGUAGCCUUUUAGUCUCUAAUACAGAAUCUGAAAGUGAAAUGUUCGGUGAAAUCUGACCGAAUUGAAGCUCGGAAAAACACGCACGUUUUUUAACAUAACAAUCAGAAACUAAGAUCUGUUUAAGGCGGAUGUUUAAUGAAUAAACGACAACCGAUUUGACAGGAAGAUGAAGACUGCUCGGGAUGACAGCGCCGUAAAACUCGGUCGCUGUGAUUGAUGUGACCCUCUCACUCAACGCAUCGGAAAAGAUGUCAGAGCAAGCGCCUAUUUGUUCACUCUAGGGGUAACCGAUGUAAACUCUGAGGCUUGCUUCACUGCGAUGAGCGGAGAUUGCGAUGAUGAGCUAGAUUAAUAUGAAUUUUAACAGUUAUGCCAGUUUGGCUAUACUUUUCAAUAUUCCUGUUUUGGUCCGUUUUGUUUAUGACCACGAAACUAUAUAUACUAAACGAGUGUUAGCUGUGUUUGAUUUUUCUUACCAUACGAACUGUCCAUUUCGUUUUUUCUCUUUGAGGAUUUUCGUCUCUGCUAACGUUAUAAUAACGUCUGUACGGCGCUUGACAGGUUUAUAAACCUUUGUUUGGUUCUUCUGUUGCUAUUUGCGGACUCGCUUGUUCUGAAAUUACGCUUUCAAUUGACGAAAAAACCUAGAGAGAAAUCUGAGAAAUGGCCAGACAUAGUACAAUUUGGCAGAUGGCGUGACAGCUUUAGUUCUCUUGCCCUAUGUUCUAUUUAACAAGUAGAUUCCAAGUUGCCAUGCGUCUGUUCAGUAAUAGAUCACAGAUGACGUCAAAAUGUGGUAAGAACAAAAAAGUGGCUCAUUGGUCAUGUGUGAGGCGCAGCCGAGUUUGUCACUGAUAUUCUUACCACAUUUUGACGUCCUCUGUGAUCUAUUACUGAAUAGACACACGGCAACUUGGAAUCUAUUUGUUUUAUAUAAUAAAGAAUUAAAAAAGUUUUAAUGAUGAAGUGGUUAGAGCACGAAAGAAUUGUAGGGAGAAACACGAGACGUAGGCGAGUGUUUCCCCACUACUUGAGUGCUCUAGCCGCUUCCUAAGUGCAUUACAACAGAUCAGAGCACAGUCAAGGCUUCUCUAUUUGUUUUGUAAUAAAGAAUCCAUUAAAUUCCCCGCGCAUUACUUUCAAUUUUCAAAAUAAAUUUUAAUCCAAAGCGAACAACAGUGUCGUCAGCAUGCUCUAUACUCUCUUAAAGCACAAUCGGAAUCGUUGUUGUAAUAGUUCAAGUUGCCAUGCGGUCGAUGUAAUUCAUGAGGCUUGCUUCACUGGUCAUCUCCGAGCUAGCCACGUUGGACCUCAGCAUGAUCGCAGUCGCUCUGACACCGUCAUCAUUAGUAUGAAUUAUAACAGUUACUUUUGCUAUAUUUUUUAUCAUUCCUGUUUUAUUCUGUUUUGUUUUUGAACUCGAACUUUAUAUACUAUCCGAGUGUUAGCUGUGUUUGAUUUUUAUUACCAUUGGUAAGCUUGCAAUCUAACUAAGCGUGAAAACUUUCAAAACUCGGAUUGUCCAUUUCGUUUUCUCUUUGAGGAUUUUCGUCUCUGCUCACGUUGUAAUAACGUCAAUUACGACGCCUGGAAUGUUUAUAAACCUUUGUUUGGUUGUUCUUUGCUACAUGCCGGCUCGCUUGUUAGGAAAUUUCACUUUAUGUUAACGAAAAAAAGCCAUAGAAAAGUCCCGGAAAAGGUCGGACAUUUGGCAGAUGACGUGACAGCUUCAGCUCAGCUCUAUGCCCUAGACUCUCAGAGAGCACGCUCUUCCAACCAACGACAGCGCGCGUUAUAUCCGAACUUUAUUAUAAUGGUCUUUCGGGAAUAAUGUUUCAUGGACUGCUUUUGGUUGGCAACCGAGACUUGAAUGUUUAUAGUGGAUAAUAGAAAGACGCUGCAUGAGAUGCCCAGAUCAGGGAAAAUUAUAAUAAAGGAUCUUUUGCUUUUAGAUUAUCGGGUGGUUCUCGAAAAAUUUAAUGGGAUUGACUACAGGAUCAUUAUUUGAUCCACUUUAUCAUUUUUCUUACAGGCCUGUCAAGAAGGAGCAAAAACGUUUAGAGAGGAGCAGUGUUUAAGAAAGCAAUCUGGCUCAGUUCCCUACUUUGGUUCAAGUUGUAUGUGUGUGACUUUGACUGUAUUUCAUUUAUAUAUUAUGUGCAAUUCAAGGCCAUAUGUUUACGAAGCUUCACGUAAAGUUCGCUGACCAAAAAUAAUUACCUGUAAUUUUCACCUAGAACUACAAUUAGGAAGCUGGCAGCGUGUUUUCAAUUAUUGCAUUUAAGGUUUUCCUUGCUAAUUCGAAGAAAAACUUGCCUAAUGAGUUAAAAAUCACCAAACAAAAUGUAAUGGUAAGACAACUAAAUACGAUAAUUUAACUAAGAUACAACACUAUUUUCGUUUUCAGGGAAGUUACAUUUUUCAUUUUCGUAACUCAUUUAUCUUAUUUAUUUUCUCAGCCCUUUGUGAAUUAUAUUGUCGUGUCGGAAGCCUUGUGAGAGGCAAAGGUACCGUAGAAGACGGAACGCGUUGCAAAGCAGACAAAAACACUUAUGAUGUGUGUAUCCAAGGAAAAUGCCGAGUAAGUGACUUGAGAUUAUAUUGCAAAAGAUUACCUGUAUCUAUUUCUUCUAGUUUGAAGAGAUCUGUUCACAAAUUUAUCUCAGCGAUUUAUGGAUAGUUUGUGUGGCUACUAUGGCUUUAAAAAAAGUGUUCUGAUACCAACCUUACUUCGUCUUCAGAAUUGUCAGAGAAUGUUACAAUUUUGCAACCCGCAAAACUGUUUUAUCUUAAAGGAUUGCUAAGAAUGAAGAAUAUUUUAAAAAGCCUUUUAACUCCCAUGGGUGACCAAGACAGAAUUUCUCUUUACAAUAUCAAUACAAUAUCAAGCAGACGAGUGAUGGGAAUAAAAACAAUUUUAACUAAUUAGUUGAUCCAGUACCAAAUCUCCAAACCAAAAUCACAAGAACCAUAUGGCAGACAGUAAGGGGAAUUACUAUUAAGAUCUUGGGAGCUAAAGGAUUAAGUUGAAUUUCGAAUAAAGUUCUGAAAAAAAACCUAACAAACAAACAAACAAACAAACAAACAAACUUCAGCUCCAAUAAAUUAUUUUCAAAGCAAACCAUAUUUCCCAGUCGAUAGUUUUUCUCUCUUCUCGUUACGCUUUUUUUUUUUUAUCGAAAACCUUUUGACAUUUUGAGGAGAAAAUCUUUGUGAGUCACUCCAGGAACUGAAUAAUCUAAGAUAUGUUGAAAAUUUGAAAUGUUUUUCACUCCGUCAUGAAAAUGCAUUUAAGGAUGUCGGGUAAUUUUGGUUUUGAAAUGUCACUUAAAUAAAUAGCCGGUUGGUUGUGAUCACGUUCUGGACUCCAACGCAAUGGUGGAUCGCUGUGGCAAAUGUGGCGGCAAUGGGGACCAAUGCUUCGUUAUUUCUGGAAGUUACACGGCCUCUCACACUGUAAAAGGUACAGUUCAUAGCCCAGUAGGAGAGUUCUUGUUGAUUACGUCAAAGUUAUGCAAAUAGAGGGACACUAAAGAGGACCUAGGCACCUUACUUUUCUGUGAAAAUAGAGAUAUAACUAAUAUUAGGUAUGUGGCUUUGACGCCCGAUUCACUUGCACGGACUCCGCAGCAAACAUCUUGUUAAAAUUUUUAGGUGUGUUUUAUUGGUGGAAUGGCUACCUGGUUUUAUAGGUGGCCUUUUUUCAAUUUUUUAGAUAAAAUAUUAUCGAUAAGUCGGUUAUUUGAUUGUAUUAGUUUGAUAAGUGUUAGAUGUCUACUUCGGUAAUCUAUGAUUUCAUUCGAUUUCGUUUGAUUCUCUGUUUCCUCGCUCUUUGUUUUAUUAUUAUUCUCUUAUGUCUCAGAGCUUUAACAUUUAGAAGGCAAAGUUAAGAUUUUUAUCGCCUCUUUACUAUUUGCCGAAAGUACACAAAAGUGCAUAAGAAACUUCAGUAAAAUUACGAAUGACUAGCGAAUAACACCUUUUUUCAUUUUGUUUCUUUAAUUCUAGGUCUUGAAAAUGCAGAUGUCGUUCAAAGACUUCUCAUUGGUGCUUACGACGUUUCUUUCAAAAUGAGGCAGUCAUCACGUAAUUACCUCGGUAAGAAAUCGAGGGACUUUAAGUGAAACCAACGGUAUAACUUAAAGAGGAAGUACGCUUCAGGAACCAUAUCGGUUGUUGCUGUCAUUAACAAAAAAAAUGUACUUGAAAUUACGCAGUCAGUGUGAGAAAUUCAUGCCUGUAUACUUUGUAAUGGCCGAUGGAGCCUACUUAUCCUCUAAAUUUGACCUGAUGUGUGCUGCGCGUUAGAACCCAUAUCAAUUGGAUGAUGUUAAAAUAAUUACGACCACUCAGGACAAAGGAAGGCAUCAUCAGGGGUCGGUGGAAUUGAAAGGUGAAAUCAAUCGAACUGCCUGAAGCACGAGAAAAUCAGUGUAGGAAAGUCACGAGUAACUUAAACUAUAAAGUAUCGAGUUUUCUGACCAAUCACAGAGCAGAGCAAGCAAAACAGAAGAAAACACCCUCUCCCUGAAUUUUAACGAUUUAUCAUAUCAGCUGAGGUGCUGCGAAGUAACAAUUUGUAACUAAUCAUCAGACUGUGAAUAUUGAUGGUGAAAGCGCUUGAUUACAUUUCAGGGGUUCAAGCAGACAAUGGAACAUAUUUAGUUGGCAACGUAAGUAAAAAACGUGCAGGAAGUUUCUGUUGCUAACACAGUUAUCCAGUAUACCCGCAAGAAGUCAAAGUACAAAGUGAUACUCACGAUUCCAGGUCCUACAGAUCAGAUUCUUAAAGUAGUG